AUGCACCAAAAAGAUUUCGGACUUGGUCCACCCUCUGCCACCAGUGCUCCUGGUCAGUAGUAACCAAACAAUACUCUUUUAGGGCUUUCCCAUCAAACAUGGCAGCGCACAGCUUCUGAUACAUAAUGGUUCUAGUACAGUGUAGUUUUGCCUACUGCUGCAUUUUAAUUAGUUCCAGGUGUUUGCAGUCUUCAGACGGUUAAAGAAGACUCCAGAGUGAUAAAAACUGAGUGCAUAGCUGCAAAGGGGAAGUUUUAAUUCUGACAUAAAUUGCAGUUGUUGUCAUGGAAAUUUAGGGUUGAUGGGCUAGAAUUUUGGUUUGUCCUUCUGAUACCAGAUAAAUACAGUGGUACCUCAGGUUACAUACACUUUAGGUUACAGACUCCGCUAACUUAAAAAUCAUAGAAGGGGCUCUGAGAGAAAAUUACAGCUAUCUUUCCUCAGCAGAGGAGGAUCCAAAACAAACCUUUUAUCUGACUCUCAAUUCCUUUCAGAGGAUGAGGUGACACUUCAGUUAUGGCAAACAUGAAAACUUAAAGUACUAUUCCAGCCAGCCUAUGGUGAUACAAUACCUUCCAGUUUUCAAAAUAUUGUUGCUUAGUAGUCUGACAUCUAUUGUUUAAUACUUCAAUUAUGUAUCAACUAUAUUCUUGUGUUCUGGGGUACCUAUGCAACAACCCGUGGAACAAGAUAGCCUUCUGAACAUUUCUGGAAUGGGAAUGAGGAAAAGCUUAUUCAGUUUUUAAUCCCACAGUGAUAAAAUCUCAGUUGUCCUCAGUGUUCAGGUUGAUACCCACUUACCUGGGAGUAAGCGCCAUUGAACUCUCUGGCAUUUGCUUUGAGUACACACAUAUAGGAGUCUGCUGUAAGAGUACCUGUGCAUACAUUUUACUAAAAUGUUUUCUCCAGUUAUUUAGACCAAUACAGAAGAUCCACACGCCACAAGAUUAAAAGAGACUCAUUAGAGAUUUAGGAAUGAACAUGGAAAUGGAACUGAUGUGCUGCAUACUUCAGUGACUAAUGUGAUCAUUAUAUCUGCUGCUCCAUUUUCUAUAAUCUGAGCGCAAGAUGUAACAUGGAAUUUUAAGGCAGGCAGACUGGCACAAAUGGGCAGAUGAGUGAAAAAAACUUAAGCUUGUAUAUUCGAAGCAUCACAGUUUACCAUGACUUGCAUCCUCAAUUGGUUGGUUACUGGAGACACCUGGUUUCUCCUCAGUGAUCCACUCCCUAAAACACAGGAGUGUGACCCAGUAACUAGAGAACUAAGCUGGGAGAUCGGGGUCCAAAUCCCAGCAAAAUCCACUAUUUACUGGGUGGUCUGGUCAUAAGCAAGUCUUGUGAUUAUUACUCAACAUCAACUUCCCUUCUGUAAAUUAGGAACAUUCAUGACCUUGUUUGGAGGAUGGAUUAAGUCUGUAAACAACUUCAUAUUCUGAAAGUUGUAUAGAAAUCACAAGCAGCAGUAAGAGAUGCAAUGUAUACCCAAUUCAUUCAUUUUUGUUCCUGAAUCCACCAGUUCUCAAUGCAUAACAUCCUCCAAAUGAAGUCACAAUCCUUUUUUGCACCACACAUCACAUCACCAUGAACAUUCCUUUUGGAGCUCAGCAAUGUAAGAGGGGUAAAGUAAAAGAAAAUGUCUGCAUGUGUCUUGUUCUACCAGCCUCAUCCACUGACUAUGUCACUGUCAAAGCUUAUCACCAUUCUUCCUGCCAGAAUAGUUAUCCACAGGAUUCUGUUUCUCUCCAUAGUGCUUUUCAUUGUUUUUUCAUGUUGGUACUUUUGAGUUGCUGGGUGGCUCUACUAUUCACGUUGCUCCUUAUUGCUGGGCACAUAUUGCUCCACAUUAUGCAUUCUAACAACCCUAGGGCAACGUGAAAGAAAACUGGGCACCAGCCAGGGAAGUUAACAUAAUUUGGGGAUUGAACCCCACAUACAAUACAACAUUUCACACUAACACGCAGCUGGCUUUCUCUUAGGCGAUUUAGCCACAUUUGUGAUUUGUACAUUGAGGAGAUUUUUGGAAUAAUGGAUUGCUGUGGCCUUGUGGUAGGGUGAUGUUCUAGAAUGAUUUAAGCUUUCAUGAAAGCCUCUAUAGAUGGGGGAUCUGAUGCAGUAUUAUAUAUAAAAAAAGUGUCACAGACUGGAUAAAGACUAAGAGACUAGUCUCUUCUGAGGGCUAGAAUUCCAGUUUUUCAGUGUGAGUGCAUCCUUCCCUUCUUUGUUCUUUGUACGAGUUGCUUGGGCUGCCGCACUUCCUCCUUUCCUCAUUUUGAAGUCCUGUCUCCCACGUCUUCCCCACUCACCACCUGCACAUGCCAUUUGUUCUAUGACUACAAGUAUUAGAAAUUUUCAAAAAUUCAGCUAGGGACCACGUCUGCCAGUGGUGCACUUGCAUCUCCACCCCCCUGCAAUUUUGCUUAGACAGGCAUAUAGUUGUGCCCAAGUACGUGGAAAACAAGGAGGAAGAGAGAAAACAGCCUCACUGUGAGGAAGAGGUUGAAACUGAAAUUAUGAGAUGGCUAAACUUGGAGGUGGGCAGCUAGGCUCUGGAAGGUUCAACCUUUCCAAGCCCUACUAACAUUUCAUCCAUUCCCCAGUAUACUUUAUGAUGUUGUCUUGGAACAGGUGACUUUUUUUGAAAAAGAAAAGAAAUUACAUACAGAAGGAGGGAAAAGAAGACCCAGGUAACUACUGACCGGUGAGCUUGAGAUCAAUACCACGGAAGUUCAAAGAACAGAUCGUUCAACAGUUGGUCUGUGAGCACUUAGAAAAGGAUGCUGUGUUUACUGAGACCCAGCAUGGGUUUCUCAAACAUAAAUCAUGCCAGAAAAAUCUCAUUUCUUUUUUUGACAGAGUUACAAGCUUGGACCCCCGAUCCACCAAGCUUGAUGGUGUUUCACACGUUACAUGUUUUCAGCAGGAAAAGCACUUCCAUGCUGGAAAGUUUGAAAACUGCAAAUAAAUAAUUGGAUAUGACAACCAUGUGUGGCUGUCAGCCAUUUAGAGUUUGAUAGGUCAAAAACAGACCGGCUGUCAGUCAUGGUCGGUAUAGGCUUCUCCCAAAAGGCUUCUGGAUCCCACUUAGCGCUCUCCUUGAGACCAGCCCACCACCCUGCCUCAUGCAUAGAAGUCUAGGGACCUGUCUCCUCAGAAGCUUUUAUGCCUGAAUAGUAAAAUGAACAUAUUUCUUUUUUUAUGUUCAGCAAGUGUUGUCCCAGUUAUUGAGGAUAGACCCAUGUUUAUAAUGGAGGUUACAAAGUCCUUAUCAAGCACUGAAAAUCUGGCAUCGGUUUAUUUUGCAAUAAUCCCUCAACCAGCUUGGUGAGUUCAGUUGGAGUCUCUUCAAUAUGGUGGUGGUAAGUCUCCUGUUGAUCUCAGGCCUCUAAUAAACUGGUAGAGAUGCAUUUUUGCAGCUUUUGUGUGCGAAAGAAGCAGCAGUGGGGUGGGGGUGAGAAGAGGCAACUUGAAGGCCUUCUAGGAAUAAAAAAAUCUGAAGUAUACUUGCUAGCCAGCUCAGGAACCUUGACUGAGAAUCAGGAUAUAAAUGGAAUCAAUAAAUUAAAAAGAAAAAUAGAUUUUGUAGCCUGAAGUGGAAAAAUAUAGCUUAUUCACUGUGUUAAAAUGCUGAGCCCGAGAUUACUGGCAGGCAGGACAGGAUUAUGUUAGGGAGGUAGUUGUGGAGACUGUUCUGCAAUUCUCAUAAGAAACUCCUAUGGAAUUAAUCCCAACCUGCAUCUGGAACGCCUCCACUUUCUGUAUUUAGUGUUAUUCUGUUAGGGUCUACUGACACCUGACAAAUCUAAUUUAGAGAAAUUUCUGUGUCCUCAAUUAUUUUUAUGUAUUAGAUGACGAGGACAUGUGGACAUCAGGUGAUGUGUCAAAAGCUGCUUUUUAUUCUGUAUCUUUUAAAUGAAUUAAAUCCCUCCCUAUAUCCAUGCCCUAUGUGCGUUUCCUUCCUCUCCAUAAAUCAUCCUUAUUUUUCUUUUGUCCCGCCUUUUACGAUUUCAUAUUCCUAAGAUGGCAACAUUUGGUACCAAUUCCUAUUUUUGCCUCCAUGUCUUACCAUGAUUUCCUAAGAUCUUUUUGUUUUGCUUUUCCAUGAACCUCACUGCUGUGGUUCCAGGAUGUUGUCUUGGAACUACCAUGCAGCAGGAAUGCAUUGCUAAAUUGGCAGCCUAAAAAGAUAAUUCCCCAUCUGUCCUAUAGCCUAUUGGUUCAAUUAGCAAUUUGUGCUCUUUUUCUUUUUGGCAUUUCCAGUGUCUAUUUAACUGGCUUUUACUCUGGUUUCAAAAAUGUCAAGGCACUGUUAUUAGAUUCUGCACAAACAUACAUGAAUUAAAUAUGAAACAGGAAGUCCUUGCUGCAGAUCUUGACAUUGGCACGAACACUCUUGCAGGUUCAGCUUAGUGGGGUGAUUGCUCCAUGUACAAAAUUGUUAGGGGCACAAAAUUUCAACACCUGGUGCUGCCUCAAUAGAGCUGCGCCCUUCCAUUGCUGGGUUAUGUUGAAAACAGCUUCUCCAACUUCCAGCGCUCCCGCCAUGGCGAACAGCGGAUCCCACCCGUACAGUUAAUUAAGGAUAAUCUGGGAGUAAUUAUCCUUACAAGCCCCCCCCCCCCGAUCUUCCGAUAACUGCCUGUCGCUCCAAUGGAAUGCAAGGACAGGGACGCAGAGUGCAUAGCACUGUACAUAUUGGAAACUCCCUAAGGCAGUCGCCAUGAGCGGAGGUACUUCUGUUUCUUUUAAAAUGGAUCUGAAUUUGGACUUAAGAAACAGGUGUGUUCUGGGUGAAAGAGAAAGAUAACCUGCUAAAUGAAUCAGCAACUGAGCGUCAGUGUUUUGAUCUGGAGAGGACUCUCGCUAUCGUAAUUGGAACGCUAUGUAAGUGAAGGGGAGCCUUUGUUCUCGUUUUACAUUAUAUUUACAUUAUAUUUGUUGUGCUAUGAUUCAGCAAGCCUUCACUGAAUGGAUUACAACUAUAUAUGAAAUGCAAGAGGGAUUCAACAAGAACCUAUAAUUUUCUUUUUGCAGUACUUGAAAGAAUAGACUGUGUGAAAUACUUUGAUGAUUUGUGACAUUGCCUACUAAAGAGCUCUAAUUUUGAUUUAUUAUGGUUUUGGCGGGACACCCGCUCGUUAGAAGGUUGGAAAGGAGUAAAGGAGAUAAGUGCUGGAAGUAAGCCAAGAGUCACGGCCGGACGCUGGAGUGCUUUCGGUUUUGGAGAGGCAAAAUGGAGUUGUGGCGUACUUAGAAAUGAGUUUUUGGAGGAGGGGCAAUGUUGAAGAAAAUUGAUUGAUUACAACACGAAGGAAAAGAAGAAGGUAAAUAUUUCACACAGAAACUACAGGAUAUAAAUUCCCUCUGUAAGUUAAUGGAUAUGGAUUUAUUAAAUACGAACGAAAGCACACCAGUGGCUGCUAAAACAAAGGAAUAAGAUAGCAAUUGUAGAAUUUGGACUAAUUAAGAGAAUUGGAGCAGGACCAAGGAUUAACAUCAACUCCAGAUAACCGGAACACAAGAAGUCAUCCAAAAACAUUGAAUUCGGAACUGAUUAAUUGGCUUUUUUAUUGUAUUGUGAUUUGGCAUGAUUUGGUAUUGUAUUAAUGUGGCCUCCAUUGGAUUGUUAUUAAUGAAAAAUUAAUAAAAAUUAAUUUAAUAAUAAUAAUAAAAGAAAACAGUUUUUCCAUUCGAACCAGGAAGUGACCUCUCCAGACAACAGAAUGGCUCUUCUUUACUUAUCUCUGUGGCUGUGAUUUCCUGGGUGACACAGAUGCCAUUAGGCAUUUGAAUGCACAUGUGUACUCCAUCCAUUUCUGUCCCCCCACUGUGUGGCCCCAGGCGCUGGCAGCUCAGGCUACGCCACUGCUUGGUUCUCUUUGGGCUACUUUGAUUUUAUAAAAACCCCUUUAGCACCCGAGUCUCCUUCUAGUCCAUGAUCAUAUAUGACUGGUGCUAAUGGGAGUUGGGGUCCCAACAAUAUCUGGAAGGCCACAGGUUAGCCACUGUUGUGACAUACAGUUAUGUGUGGAGAGAUAGAGGGUUUCCCCCCUUCUCCCUCUGUUUUAAUACAAGAGCUUGGGGUCACCCAAUUAAAUUUAGUGAUCGUAGAUUUAGCACAGACAUAGUCCUUCACACAAUGCAUGUACAGUGGUAGCUCAGGUUACAUAUGCUUCAGGUUACAUAUGCUUCAGGUUACAGACUCCGCUAACCCUGAAAUAUUACCUCAGGUUAAGAACUUUGCUUCAGGAUGAGAACAGAAAUCGUGCUCUGGCGGCACGGCAGCAGCAGAAGGCCCCAUUAGUUAAAGUGGUGUUUCAGGUUAAGAACAGUUUCAGGUUAAGUACGGACCUCUGGAACGAAUUAAGUACUUAACCUGAGGUACCCCUGUAUUAUGCAUAGCAUUCACUGCCACAUACAAGGUGUUAUGACCAGAAUGGGAUUAGGCAAAUUUAUGAGUGACAGUUCUAUCAGUGGGAAUUAAUCAGGUUAGCUAAAGGGAACCUCCAGGUCUGGAGGUGCUAGUCUUCUGGGUUCCAGAUUGUGGGAGGGGGCGGGAAGGGGAAGGGGCCAAAAACAAGGAAGGACAGUUGUCUUAAUGUCCUGCUGCAAGCUUCCAGUAGCAUAAUUUGGCCAAUAUUCUAAUUGGGAUUCUGGACAAGAAAAGUCUUGGCCUGAUCCCGCAAGGCUCUUCUUAUAUUCAUAUGCUUUAAAUUCCAAAGUUCCCUGUAAAUGUUUGAGAGCCAUUGCAGUGUAGCAGUGAGAGUAUUGCACUAGAACCCGGGAGAGAUCAGGGUUCAACCUUCCACUCAGCCAUGAAGCUCUCUCAGUGACCUUGGGCCAGUCACUGCCUCUUAGCAUAACCUGCCAGCAUAGGGUAGUUGUGAGGGAGAGAACCUGUAUCCCACCUUGAGCUCUUUGGAGGAAAUGUGGGUCACACAGAAUCAACUAAAAAAUUAGUAUUAUUCUACAUUUGUAGGAAUUGGACGGUUUAGGUUUGAGGGCAUCCUGUGAGACGGAGCAGGACAUUUUGUGGCAACUGGAAGCAGUUAUAGUUCGCGUGGAGAAACAAGACAGAGGGAAAUAUGCUCUUUCUCCCCCUCAGUUUCAGGGGGUCGCGGCAAAGAGACUGCUGCUUGAGGGUGUGAGAUCAGAGGAAAGCCUGAGGAAUCUGAAGGAUGGUUAUUUGUUCGGAUGAUCCUGGCGGACUAAAUCUGUGAAUGGGUCUGUGUGUCUCAGUGCUGAUGACAGCAGGGAAAUUCAAAGUCUCCAGAAACCUUGAUUGCAAACCUCAAACACUUGCUCUCUGAAAAGCUUUUGUGGCUAAUUGGGGUGUAUGUGUAGAAAUAAAGGCAAAACCUAACAGGCAGCUCUGCCAGAUCGUCACUUUUGCGCCAAUAUACUGGUGGCGUGCGUUAGUCAUGCAUCAAUUUUUAUUUCCAAACGUGCUUUAUGUUGCCUGAAAGGCAUUAAAUGGAGAGGCAGAAUAAAUCUGAAUUAGUGCAGCUUUUCAUGCAUUAAUCUAAAUGAGAGAGACUGAAAAGUGAUUUCAAGAUAAAAGAGGCAUGUUACUGAGGAGCCACAGUUGAGGGCUGAUAGACAGAAUAUAUCACAAAUACGUUGGCUGGUGAACUGAGUGCACUUUUUAAUUUCUUGUUACAAUAAAAAGCUGCUUUUGACAUUGUGGUUUCUUUGACAUCUUUUCUUUUCUUGUCAGCCAUUUUGAUUCUGUGAAACAUGGCUUUACCAAUAAUGAAAGUGCAGAACAUUUUGGGGGUGCUGACUUGAAACAAUUACAAUUUCUUUAUCCUGACUUUUAACACUUGAGAUGUAUAGUUUUAGGACCUAUGUUUGUGGUCAUAAGUCCUUUUAAACGGUUUUUAACAUUGUGUUUUAAUUGUUGUAACCUGCCCUGGGACCUUAGAGUGAAUGGUGGGCUAAUAAUAGUGAUAACAACAACAACCACAAAACUCCUGUCAACAGAAAGCAUGCAAUGGACAUGUGAUACCAAAAUCUGCAAAUAACGAACUACUGCAUGGGUUUAUGUCUGAUGCAUGUCAUUCGGAAGUAUUCAGAUAGAAGAGUCCCCACCAAACGUGUCCCCAUCGCUUGGCAACAAAUAUUUGAGGCCCCUAAUAUGGCAGGUAUAAUCACUCCAGACCCCUUAAUUUUCUUCAAAAAGAAGGGAGUGUUACCUUAUUGCACAAUCAACUCAGGAUGAAAGCUCAUUGCCUUAUAACUAGCUGGUCUCAAUGCUCAAUAAAGACCGGACAUAGUCUAGUCGCCACAUAAGCUUUGUGCAAGCAAUAAGCAGAGCAUCUGAAGGAUCUCUAGGAAACAGCAGCAGACACUUCUGCUGUUCCAUCUGCCAAUUUCCUGUUUCACUUCUCUACCAGUACUUAAAAGGACUUUGGGGCAGCUAGACCCAAACUUCUUCUAACAGCACAUUGUUAAAGUAUGGAAUUAACUUCUACAAGGUGUGGCAAUAGCCACCAACUUAAAUGUCAUGACUAGGUAAUUUUUUCAGAUUCAUGGGGGAAGGUUGUCACUGACUAUUGCCAUGGUGACUAUAUGUUACCUUCAGGAUCAAAGGAGCCUGGGAAGAAACAGCAGGAGAGAUUGGCGAGACUGGAUCCAAAUCCCUGAUAAAGCUCAUUGAGAGGCUUCCUUCACAUAAUACGUUAUAAGGCAAAAAUGACAGGGGAACUAUCUAUGCCACCUUGAGCUCCUUGGAGAAAGCAUAGAAUAAACUGUAGUCACUAGAUUACAUUUUAUUUGGUAAACUAGACAUAGUUUAUUUUGACUUCUGGACUGUUGUCUUCCCAAAACAUGUUUAUCCAGUACCAUCAGGUUAAUUCAAGUCGUGUUGAUAAAUAUUGUGACUAAGACCAAUAGGGAACAGUCUAAAUUCAGAAGUCUUAGUUACUAUUGAAGGAGCCAGCUCUUCUCCCUCUGCUUUCUCCUCCUUUCUGCCCUCUUCAGCAACCCUAUUCUGGAUUUCUGAUCCCUAGAUUUUUUCACCCCAACCUUAAAGAUACUGUGAGUGCUGUUUGUGUUCUUCUGGUGGUUAACAGCCACUGGUGCCUCUGCUGUGCCUGAAUCUUUGUCCCAUUUUUAAAGAAAAAUACUGUACUAGUGAGGUUGUGCUGUGCUUGUGAAGGCUUGUGAAGGUCAGUAGUGUACUGUUGUAAUCCGAUGCAUGCCCCAUUGAACCAGAUAGGACAACUUCUGAGUAAUCUUGAUUAGAGCUGGAAUGGAAGAGUACUAUUAUUACUAGUUUAAUCCAGCAUGUUGCGCACUCUAUCAGUAUGCUACUCAAUAAAGGCUUUGACUAUACUGCAUGUGCUGCUUUUUUUGUUGCCAUGGAGUGCUGAAAGGGAUCCUUUUCUCCUACUUCAGUAGGAGCAUGGCAGGCUACAGGGCGUUUGAUGGGCUCAGGGGCAAUGCCCCUUCCAUUCUUGGCUCACCUUGUUCCCUGGAGUCUGAAAGGGGAAACAAGUGGGAUGGGUGAUGUUGCCAGUGUGCAUGUAGCAGUCAGCUGUGGGUGGGAGAAUGGGAUGAGGGAGACAGAGAUGGGGAUGACGAUGGAGAUGGAGAUGUCAAGGGGUCCUGCUGGGAGGUCACCCAGCAGGGCUGGGCUAUCCAGCAAAAUAGCAGAAGUGGGGUGGAUUGGUCACAGGGAUUAGGGUGGGCCAAAUGGGUUGGCUUACCCCAAAGGACCAGAUUGUUUCCCAGCUGGAGCCUAUGCAGCAUUUGCCCUGUUUGGCUCCAGUUUGCAUGCCUGGCCCAUUCUAUUGAGCAGUAGAGCUCCAGCACAUAAAACGUUAGCUGUUCCACUUGGAUGGGAUUCCUUCUGCACGCCCUGUGCUCAUGACAUCUAUGUCAGGCAGUGGGGAAUUGAACUUUCUGGGUCUGCCGCUGUGACUGAGUGUCUCAGAGAACACUGCUCAGUUUGAGUGUGGGUUCAAGGCUUGUUACCUCCCGCUUUUUGACCACAGGCUUGACUUUUCUCUGUGCAUGCAAAUGGUGAGUGGAGGCAUGUUUUCUUUCUUCCCCCUAGUUGGGCUUGAACUCCCACCCCCUAUUUUCCAGCUCCAUGCCCUUUGGAAUGACUCACUGGAGGCUAAUGUUAUUGGGGUGCCUGUCUGUGUCUGCCUCUGUUGCAUGUCCUUAACAUCUCCUUGGGUUGCUUGGCGACACCAUCUUUCACAACCUGUGUGGGUCUUUUACAGGUUGUCUACAGAUAUCCAGCACAGCCAGCUAUGUGGCUGGUAUGUUUUGUAGAUACUAGUCCUCUGUUUUUUGUGCAAUGUUCUAAAAUGGUAGCUGUGAGAAGCAUAAGGGGAUUCAAAUGCCUGUCUGUAGGAAUGCCUGGGAACUUUCAGUUUCAGGGUUGUUGCUGUCUCUACCACUGGUGCUACUGCUGUAGCAUUAUUGUGCAUGUUCAGUGUAUGUGGCGCUGCAGAGGCAUGUGCUGGGCUUUCCCCCCAUCAUCAGGAGUUCAUGCGCUUUCCCAGUGCAUGGCUGGCUUGUGGGCACAGGAGGACUUUCUAGGGCUGCUGGGCAUAUGUUUUUAUGCCAUUGUUGUAUUUUCUGUUUGUGUGUUUUUCCUCUCCGCUCCUGGGCUGAUCAUACAUUGGAUACAAUUUAAAAGCACACUAGUGCAAGUAGAUAAACAGGUACUGCUGCGACAGGAAGGUAAACAGCAUUUCCGUGUGCUCUGGCUUCCAUCACAGUGUUCCAUUGUGCCAGAAGCGGUUUAGUUAUGCUGGCCACAUGACCCAGAAAGCUGUCUGUGGACAAACGCCAGCUCCCUCGGCCUGAAGCGAGAUGACAAGCGCCGCACCCCAUAGUUGCCCUUGACUGGACUUAACCAUCCAGGGGUCCUUUACCUUUACCUUUUUAACCUUACAUUGGAUAUAGUAGCCAGUCCACUGGAAUAGUGGUGAUAUUAGCUUUGAUCCUCACAUAAUGUGAGCAUAAGAUUGCUGUGCCAAAGGCAAGUACAGUUGUACUUCGGAAGUCGAACGCCUUGCGACUCAAAUGUUUUGGCUUCGGAACACCGCAAACCCAGAAGUGAAUGUUCGGUUUUCAAACGUUUUUUGGAACCUGAACAUCCGACGUGGGUUCCAGUUGGCUGCAGGAGCUUCCUGCAGCCAAUCGGAAGCCACACCUUGGUUUCAGAAAGUUUUGGAAGUCAAACAGAGUUCCGAAACCGAUUCCAUUCAACUUCCAAAAUAUGACUGUAAUAGUUUUUAGCCACACACACAAACACACGUUCUCUACACCAUAUAGUUUCUAAAUUGGUAAUCCCUAGCUUGAAUUUUCUAAAACUUGAUCCUUUGUGCAUUUUCUAAUACUACAGUAUUUGAUUUGACCCAGGGUGAUAGAAACAGAACAAAGUCCUCAAGGUCCAGCUAGACACACAAUGAUUUUUAGAUGUGCCCUAACCAUUUCCAUUGCUUUUGUAACUAUCUGUAACAUUCGUUGCCUUAGUAAUGGCUGCUGUAUGCUGAAGUGGUGUUUUCAAUGGUCUAUAUACAAUGCCUUCAAAAUCCCUUUCCCAAGUUAUUCAAAAAUCCAACCACAGAGAGCAGAUUAUUUCCCUCCCCAACAUGCACUAUUUUUCACUUAUCAACAUUAAAUUUCAUGUGCUCAUUGUGUUGUUCAGUAAUCCAAUUAUGCGAGAUCUUUCUGCAACUCUUUCAGAGACUGCUUUGGACUCUACUGUAAUGAACAGCUUUGUGUUAUCAGCAUAUUUUGGACUUCAUUGUUCACCCUUUGCUUUAGAUUGUUAAUUAAGAUGUAUGCCAGAGCAGGUCUUAGUGGAAUUUCUAAAUGUUUCUGCUAAAGCAGUGAGGAAAGACAUGUGGGUAUGCCUGUCACCUGGCAGGUUAUAUUUAGUUAUUACAUUUCUAUUUCAUCUCAUCCAUUAGGCUUAAGCAGUGCUCAAAUUACAGGUGGGCCAGAGGGGCCCUGCCUCGCUUUUCCUUUGUGACUAUCCCCUUAGCUAUUUUUUAAAAAGAAGAAGGAAAAGGGCCACAAUUCAAGCACUAGACUCUAGAAGGACAACAAUUUCACCAAUAGAAAUAUACUUAUGCAGGAGGUUAUGUUCUGGGGCCCCUCAUGCAUAAGUGAAAUCAGGGAGCACCCUCUAAAAAACCUCUAAAUGCCUAUUUCCCCCUGCUCUCCAGCUUUCUCUCUAAAUAUCCAGAUGUGAAGUUCUGGGGCUGGCAGGAGCAUACAGGACAUGUAGGAAAGCAAGUGCUGCUGGUGUGCUACCUGUGGGGAGGUUGAGCAGCCUAAACAAAGCCCCACUGAGCUUUGGGGCUUCCUCCACCCACACUGACGCCCUCUUCGGGCUCUGGGAAGAGUCUGCUUGCGAGCCACAAGAACUCUCCAGCUCUCUCCCACCAUUUCUGGUUAUGAUUCUAAUUCUUUCUUUCUUUCCCGGUGCUGUGCAUAUAUAUGCUCGUGUGCAAGUUGAUUGCACGUAAACGGGGAGGCGCCUAUACAGUGGUACCUUGGUUCUCAAAUGCCUUUGUACUCAAACAAUUUGGAACCGAACACUGCAAACCUGGAAGUAAGUGUUCCAGUUUGCAAACUUUUUUCAGAAGCCGAACGUGCUCCGUUUUAAGUGUUAUGCUUCCAAUUUGAGUGUUACGCUUCCAAUUUGAGUGUUACGCUGAGGUCUGUCUGGUUUUGCUAUUUUUUUGCCAUUUUGUAUUUGCAGCUCUCUUUUUUUUGUUUUUGUGACUGUGUGGAACCCAGUUCAGCUACUGAUUGAUAGAUUGUGUGAAUGCAGUACAUUGUUUAUCGCUUUCAUUUUAUGGAUCAGUGGUCUCAUUAGAUAGUAAAAUUCAUGCUAAGUUGCUGUUGUGGGGGUUGUUUUUAAAAGUCUGGAACGGACUAAUCCAUUUUGCAUUACUUUCUAUGGGAAAGCGCGCCUUGGUUUUGGAAUGCUUUGGUUUUGGAAUGGACUUCCGGAAUGGAUUAAGUUUGAGAACCAAGGUACCACUGUAUUAACAAUUGCAUAUCUGUAUGCCUGAUGUAUCAGCCCCAAAAUGUUGUUCAGUUAAAAGAACUAUUACUUUUGAAGCCUGCUUGUUGCUAACCAGAUCGUCGUUUAGCUUAGUACAGUCUUCCGUGAGUGACAGUAGGUCUCAAAAGUCCUACACAGAGGUCUUUUGUGGGCCCUCCACCCAAGCUCCUUUCAACUGGAGAUAAUGAUGAAUUGAACUUGGGGCCCUCCUGCAUGCAAGACAUGUGCUCUGCCUCUGGGCUAUGGUCCCAAGAGUGGUGGUUUUGUACAAGACGGAUGUCUGGCAUUUCAAGUAGCAUGUAUUGUGCCAUUCCUGUAAGUUCACAUAUUUUAUUAACAGUUAAAAGGUAAUUUCAAAUACCGUGGACCCUCUGGAUACGAAUUAAAUUUGUUCCAGGGAUCCAUCCACAACCCAGAAAGCCCGUAGGCAGAGGUGCUGCUGCGCACGCGUGCAUGGCGAAACCCGGAAGUAUACACUUCUGGGUUUGCCACGUUCGUAACCCAUAAGUUAUGUAUCCAGAGCAGUACAUCACUAGAGGGUCCACUGUAAAGGGGGUGGAAAUGGGGUUCUGCUUGUGGUCCAGAGCUGGAAUGGGUUUUGUGAAUCCCUUGUCUUGGAACUUGGACAAUAUAUUCUGUAGCAUUCAUUUGCCCAACAGAGGGGUAUAGAGAAAGGAUUGCAUGGAGCGUCUAUUUUCACUGCCUUGCAUCUGUUCUUGAGGAGGCUUUCAGGAACUUCUAGUCUGGAACUUUCACCUUUGAUAAACUCACACAAAUAAUUCCAGAGUUUCUCAUAUAUUUGCUUUACUUUAGGGACUAAAGUGGGCAGCUCCUUUGGAUUUUUGUUUUUGAAAAGACUAUGAAGAAACUGGGUUAUUGUAAAUCCCUUCCCAGUAGCAAAUAUUUUAGAUGUAUAUAAUUAGUGCCAAAUGCCCCUUCAAUACUGUGGUUUGAGUUUUACGCCAUCUCUUCUCAGUCCCCACCCUCUACUCAGUUCUCCCUCCCAUUCCAGGGAAGUGACUUGAGAGUUUGGGGGGGGGGUUGAAUUUUUUUUAACUGCUCCUAUAUUUCCCCCUACCCUUUAGCAUUUGACAAUGGGAUGUAGGUGGGUACAUUUUUGUUUUACUUUAAGCAGACAGUGUACAAGCUAAAUGAGCCCAACACUUUAUGAAGAUGAGGGGCAUGACUCGUGAGUAAUUUUUAUUAAAACUACUUUCAAAUUUUCAGAAUGUACACGUUCAUGUUUAGGUGUCAUAAAUACUAAAGCGUUGAUAUUCAUAUAUCUCCUCCUCUUCAAAUAGAUAUGAGAGUUUCCUUUCAGUGCCAAAAGGUUGCUCAAGUCAAUUUAUAGCUAACUUUAAAGCAAUACGAAAAAUGGAUUAAGAACAAGAGGGAAAAAAUCUUGCAUUAAAAAACAGAGUGGAGUUAAUGACAUUUGUAGCCAGCCAAAAGCUGUGAAGAACAAAAAUGUUUUAAUGGUCCACCUAAAAUUAGGCAGCGGCGGGGGUGGGGGGUGGAAUGAACCAAGUAUAACUUCCCAGUCUAAGCAGACUUUCAAAAUAAUUCAUUGCAUACUAGCUUAGCUACAGCUGUGACUAUUUGUUAAGGGGUAGACAAAGUGAUGCCAUUCAGAUGGUAUUGGACUACGACUCCCUUAAUGCCUUGCGAUUGGCGAUGCUGGCAGGGUCUGAUGGGAACUGGAGUCCAAUAACAUCGGAAGGCACCGUGCUGGCUGCACCACACCUUGAAUUGUAGGUGGGCUUUAGGUGGCAGGGGGAGUUUGUGGCUUCAGCUACCUGGCAUACAGCAUCUGGCACUAGAAGCAACUGUAUAGGUUAAAACACAAAACUGAGGAGAGUUUCAGUAACAAUUUCUAACCUGGUUUUCUGUGAUUUGCUAGACAGUAGAGGAAGCUAUUGAAAAGCGCAGCUCCAAAGCCCUACAGAGCGAACAAAACUAGCUACAUGGUUCUUUGGAUCCUAGCUACAGUACAGUGGUACCUCAGGUUAAAUACUUAAUUCAUUUUGGAGGUCCAUUCUUAACCUGAAACUGUUCUUAACCUGAGGUACCAUUUUAGCUAAUGGGUCUUUCUGCUGCCGUUGCGCCGCCACCAUGGGAUUUCUGUUCUCAUCCUGAAGCAAAGUUCUUAACCCGAGGUACUAUUUCUGGGUUAGUGGAGUCUGUAACCUGAAGCGUAUGUAACUUGAGGUACCACUGUAUUAGGCAGAAAUGCAUUAAACCAAGCUGAUAUAUGAUGAUUUGUCAUUCCCAGCCUGGUGUCCCCAUCUGCCCCAGCCAGCACACAGGGCAAGAGGCUGAGGAAGGCUGGAAUAGGGGAUAGAGCCCACAGGGUCCCGGGCACUAUCUACCACAGCCACAGGCCCAUUACACUUAGCUGUGCUGUUGUGAAUUAUUGUAAAUUAUUGGACCCAAAGUACAACAAGCAGGUUGUGGGAGUUUUUUGCAGUGAAACCUAACAAUGCACGUGCACUAUAUGUUAGUUAAUGCCUGAAGAGGCUAAGACCAUAGACCUGAAUUUGCUAGAGAAGGCUCCACUAGGUCAUGCUCCCUCACCUUUGGGGAGGGAGGAGGUAAAGGUUUUCCUGUUUCCUUUUCUCUCUCUCUCUCCUUCACACCAUGUGAGCAGACAGAUAUGCCUGGGCUCUACUUCGAGCCCAGGCUCCCAUUUGGAACUGAUUUUGUAUUUUGUACUCAAAAAGUUUUUACCUGUGCUAACUUUGCUGUCGCAUUGGCUGAUGCAUUAAUGAAACUUCAAAUUAUGUGAGUAAAGCAUUUAAACUUACUAAAGUGUGUGGUCUAUUCACUGUGAAAGGGGUUGAGACAGGGGAAAGACAAAGCAGCACAUUUUAAGUGUCUAAAAUGAGUUAUUUAAAGGUCUAAUUGUUGAUUUAAAGCAGAGUCUGGUUGCCCAGCGGAAGGAUGAGGAAAAUGUGUUACAUACUCUAUGUUGCUUUUAUUUACAGUUCAAAGCUGGUAUAUUACAGAAAGACAUCUUGUCUCUGCCGGAGCAGAAAAUGCAUCCUCUCUCCUCGACAGCUUGGAGAGAAUCACACAGUGAAAAAACAGGAAACCAGUGUACGUCACAUCCAGUCUCCCUUUCCCGUGAGAAACUCCAACAGUACAGACUGUGGAAUGUAAAACAAUGUCUUGUGACUGCAGUUGCUGCUCAGUGAGGGAAAUAGAAACCAACAUCCUCCCCUUUCUGUGAACAUCACUGGGCAGCGUGUUCGUACAGUAUCAGUACAAACCCAACUUCUGCACAUAGGUACAGUGUUGAUCCCUUGAUACAAUCUUGGACAAUACAUCAGCAGGAAUUUCAUUACCUGGCAUAUAGGACACCGUUACGAGUCCCUUCUGAAUACAUUCCCUAGCAUGCUGCAACUUUAAUUGCAAGUGCUUUGUGCUUUGCUUACAACCUUCAGACUUCAGCAAAGCCAAACAUGCUUUGUUGUCCUGGUAAACCUGGAUUGGACAUUUGACAGGAAUUUUCAUAUCUUUGCACAAUUGUACUAACCAUUCACAAUCCUUAAGUGAAUAAGACAGUGCAUUCAGUUCAGCUUCACAAGUACUUAAGCUAACUGUUGUUUGCUUCUUGCAUGACCAAUCAAACAGACUCUGAUUGUACAUGUAGCAAACUCCAGACGUACUUUUCCUGUCUGUAGCGUCACUUCCAAAACUUGCAUCUGCAAAUAUCUCAAGACCACCAGACUUCUGAUUGUUAAAUCUCAGUCUGUAAUGCAUAGUGCCUUUCAAAUACCGCGCUAUGCGUUUCAGAGCUUUCCAAUCCUUGACACUAGGAUUGUUGACUUGUCUGCUUAGCAAAUUACAGCUAACAGCAAUGUCUGGUCUUGAACAUCUGGCAAUGAAGUUUAGCUUGCCUAGCACACUCCUGUACAGUGUAGUGUCAGAAAAUGCUUCUUCAGUGUCAUCUACCUGAUAACCUGUUGUCAUCGGUGUGUCUACAGGGUUAGCAUCCAUCAGAUUUAGUUUGCUUAACACAUCAGCAAUUUUCCGUGACUGGUGUACUAGAAUGUUACCAUCUUGAUCUCUCUCUAUUUCCAGAGAUAGGUAGUUGUUUACCUCACCAAGAUCUUUCAUGUCAAAGUGCUCUUUCAGUUGAGCUAGGGCGCUAUUGUACAUUGCAACAUCUUUCCAAAAGAAUAAUAAAUCAUCAACAUAAAACAAACAGUACAGUUUCUUUUGCCCCUCCUCUUUGACAAAUACACAUGGAUCAGCUUUCCUUGCUGAAAACCUAGAGAAAACAAUACUUCAGUGAGUUUUGUGUGCCAACACCGUGCACUUUGUUUGAGACCAUAAAGGGAUUUCUUCAGAGCACAAACAAAUCCCUGUUUUACCUGUACGCCAUCAGGUGGAAGCAUAUAAAGUGAUUCAUCUAGAGAUCCGUACAGAAAAGCUGUAUUAAUAUCAUGGUGACUAAUGUGUAGAUUUUCCUCUGCAGCUAGCUUGAGCAUAAGCCUAAUGCUUUCAUAUCUCACUGUGGGUGAAUAGGUCUCGUGAUAGUCUUCACCUGGUACCUGUGCAAAACCUCUGGCUACCAAUCUGGCUUUGUGUCUGACUAUCUUGCCAUUUUGAUCUGUCUUCGCUUUGAAGACCCAUUUGCUUCCAAGCAGUUUCAUUCCUGGAACUACUGGAACUAGCUCCCAUGUUUUGUUCCUUUCUAAGGAAUCAAGCUCAGCCUUCAUGGCAUUUAACCAUGGCUCAGCUUCCUUUGAAUCCAAACCCUGGAUUUCUUGGAAACUUGAAGGUUCAAAUACCUUCUUGGAGCUUUUAACAGCUGUUACUGCUAUCUUAGCAAACUCAUCAGCAAAUCUCUUUGGAGGUUUGCCUGUUGUGGCUCUCUGUGACCUACGAAUUAGCCUUAAGUCUUCAACACUCUCCUCUUCCUUCUUAGGAGAAAAACGACCUAUUGUGAACAAUGGUUCCUCCAAUUCUUGAUCAGAGCUUUCAGAGGGUCGCAUAGAGGCUUUCGCACUCUUGAAAUCCUCUGAAUCACCCGAUUCAGUUUCAGAUUCAGACUCAGAACCUUCAUCAGUGGGUGUGGGCUGUUGUGGUUGCUUUUGACUAUCCUCAGUCUCAUCACCGUCAUCAGGAUAACAUUGGAAAAUUCCCACAUUCUCCCCCACUUUGCAUUGUACUCAACACUUCUCGUGAGCUUAAUUGUCUUAGAGUCAGUCAUCAUUAUUCUGUAAGACCCUUUCUGAUAACCUAGAAAGAUACCAUGCAAUCCACGCUUGUCUAACUUGGAGUUUUGUGGUGAGCGAACCCACAUGUCAGAACCAAAAUCUUCAUGUGUUUGAUGUAUGGCUUCUGCCAAACAUCUUCUCAUAGGGGGUACAACCAAUCGCUGAAGAUAAUCUGCGAUUGUAACUGUAAACAAAACACGAGAGAGAUUCGGCCCAAUAACUCUCUGGAAGAUUGGCAUCAUGCAGCAAGGUUUUUAACCCUUGAAGCAAUGUCUGAUUUGCCUGCUCCGCAAGUCCAUUCUGCCAUGGCGAGCGAGGACUAGACAAAUCGUGUUGAAUUCCUUUCUCAGUCAGAAAAGCUUCAAACUGCUGAGAAGUGAAUUUCCCCGCGAUCACUGAAAAGAGUCUUUAUCUUCUUACCAUGCACAUUUUCCAACCAAGCACAGAAUUCCUUGAACCUAGGAAAAGCCUCCGAUUUCUGCUUGAGAUUGUACACAAAAAUAUAUCUAGAAAAUGCAUCAAUGAGAACCAUGAAGUAUCUAUUUCCACCCAAAGAGGGCGGUAGUGGUCCAACCAAAUCAGCAUGAACAACCUGGUAUGGUUCUGUAGCUGUCCUACUAGACACCUUACCUUUCGCAGCCAUUUUCACCUUGUUUGCUGCGCAUGCUUUGCACUUCAUGUGGUACCUGCAGGGUUUAAUAGUCAUACCUUCAACCAAGGCAGGCAUUUUAGAUACUGCCUCAAAAUGCAAAUGACCAAAUUUUCGAUGAAAAUCGUGAAUACAUUCUGCAUGCAAACUUUUGUUAGAACCUGCAAUGCAACAAGUGUCAUCCUGCACCACAUCAUCAUAAUACAAAACAAACAAAUGAUCAACAUAUUCUGCAUGCAAUACAUAAUCAUUUUUCUUUGUGAUGAUGCACUUCUUGUUCUUGAAGGAAACGUCAAUGUUCCGCUCAUUCAGCUGUCCAACGCUGAGCAGAUUAUGUUUGGCGUCUGGCACGUAAAGCACAUUCUGUAUCGAUAAGUCCAAACUGUGAAGAACAACAGUUCCGUAGCCUUUACUGGGAAUAGUGUGGUCAUCCGCCUGGUGAAUCGCACCUUCCUGCGGUGUAAAAGACACAAACAGUUUCUUAUCGUUGCACAUGUGGUGGGUGGCCGCUGAAUCAACAACGAAGAAAGAUCUAGACGUCUUCUGGACCUCUGCAACCUUUGGAGUGAAGCGUGAAACCAUAGCCUUGUGCUGCGUUGUCCUAGACACCGGACCUUUGCCUUUGCCUCGGCCUUUCCGCGCGAUGAGCUCGCUGCGCUGCUCUGUCUUGGCCCUGGGAUGUCUGCAUUCCUCUUCAUAUGGCCUAGACGUCCACACGAGUAGCAUUUCACUGCCUUCAAAGCUUUGGCGCCAUCUGGUGGUUCCACUGCACUAUGGGAUGACGUCUGUGAAGACUCUCCUUGCCCAUGCAGCUAGCACCCCGGCGAUCUGCUUCAUUUAAAAUCACGGCAGUAACAAAGUCCACUGUCAGCUGAGCAGUUGGUUGCACAGCAAUCUGGGUUGCAACAGACUCCCAACCUGAACCCAAAGAUUGUAGUAUCAUGAAAGAAUACACAGCCUCUGGAAAGUUGAGUCCUCUCUGUUGCAGCUCAUGUCUCAGAUUUUGCAUCUGCAUCAGAUGUAAACGCACAUCUCCACCUUCAGCAAGAGCCAUAUUAUGCAGCUUGUUAAAAUAAAACAUAGUGGAUCCAGCUUCUGUCCUUAAGUGAGCCUCUCUCAGAGCGUCCCAAAUUUCUCUGGCUGAGGUCUUAUCACGCAAUAGACAGAGCUCUUCUGGGGAUACUAUCAAUGUAAGAGUUCCCCUUGCUUUGGAAUCCUUAGCUUCCCAUGCAUCUGUAACUGGAACUGGGGGUUCCUGUAAUCACCUCAAACAAACCCUCUUUCCGCAGAAUUGCCUCUGCAUACUGAACCCAGUCGCUGUAAUUUUUCUUGUUGAGCUUAGGAAUCCCACAAGCAUCCUGAAGGGCCAUCAUGACUCUGGCAUUAGCCUUCAGCGUCAUAUGCUGCUUUAAAUCUUGCUGCGUCACUGCUGCAGCUGCCUCAUUACAAAGGCACACUUAAAAGUUACUUUCGAUUUCCCAGCAUAGUGACUUGUGCCUGGGAGCCUUUUGCCUAUUCCCGGCAAAACCGGCUUUAAAAGUUCAAAGUCCAGCCAUAAAGCCAUUAUCUUGAAGCUGGCAGGCUGCCCGGAGCAGUAGCACAUACCUCAUCAAUCACUUCUACGCGCAGAGCAGAUUCCUUUCCGAUCCGUUCCUCUGCAUUCCGAUCCUCUGCCGGCACUCCGAUUCGACCUCUGGAGUCCAUAACCACGUGUUGAUUUAAAGCAGAGUCUGGUUGCCCAGCGGAAGGAUGAGGAAAAUGUGUUACAUACUCUAUAUUGCUUUAUUUACAGUUCAAAGCUGGUAUAUUACAGAAAGACAUCUUGUCUCUGCCGGAGCAGAAAAAUGCAUCCUCUCUCCUCGACAGCUUGGAGAGAAUCACACAGUGAAAAACAGGAAACCAGUGUACGUCACAUCCAGUCUCCCUUUCCCGUGAGAAACUCCAACAGUACAGACUGUGGAAUGUAAAACAAUGUCUUGUGACUGCAGUUGCUGCUCAGUGAGGGAAAUAGAAACCAACACUAAUAACCUAUUUUUUCUGUGCUAGAUAAAUGUUAUACAUGCUUGUGUUUCUAAACUCUGCUGGGGGCCCUUUUGAUUAAAGAGUGAGCCAAGCCCCAUGCUUUUUAAAUUCAGGCAGCCAGCUGUUUCUUUUGUAGUUUCCCCCAUACAUAGGACUUCAGGAUUAAAAACACAAUCAGUUCCCAUCACAGGUCUCUUCCACUCACCUGGAACCUCUGGCAAUGAAGAUAUAGGCAUGCCCCCCUUCCCCCAUACAUCCAGUGCAUAGCCCAACAACUCAGACCAGGCAGCACUUACUCAUAGCAAUUGUGUAUCCCACUUUGUGCAGGUGGGUCUGGAUUGCAGCUAUUACAGUGGUGCCUCGCAAGACGAAAUUAAUCCGUUCCGCGAGUGUCUUCGUCUAGCGGUUUUUUCGUCUUGCGAAGCAACCCUAUUAGUGGAUUAGCGGAUUAGCGCUAUUAGCGGUUUAGCGGCUAUUAAAGGCUUAGCGGCUUAGCGGCUUAGCUGCUAAAAGGCUAUUAGCGGCUUAGUGGCUUAGAAAAAAAGGGGGGGAGCGGGGAAAAAAAUCUCAAGACUCGCAAGACAUUUUCGUCUUGCGAAGCAAGCCCAUAGGUAAAUUCGUCCUGCGAAGCAACUCAAAAACGGAAAACCCUUUUGUCUAGCGGGUUUUCCGUCUUGUGAGGCAUUCGUCUUGCGGGGCACCACUGUAUUUCUCUUCAGCUUCUUUGAGGAUUAUUCUCUCUUGUAUUUAUAUUUCUUAGCAACUACUUGAGGAUAUAUUGUAUCAUUGAAUUGUACCUAAUGAAAAGCCUUAUUGAUGGCUUUGUAAUCAUGACCACCCAGUGGUGCUGAGGGCCUAGCAGCACCUUCCUGGGUUAUGCGUGGGUUAUGAUCCUGUGGAACUACGAUGAUAGCCAUUAGCUAACUUGCUGGAACAAGUGGUCCAUCCAUGGUACACUGCCACCACCUCUCAGUGUGUGAAUGAGGCCAAGCUCCAACCUUGGCAGCCGAGGAGACUCAACCAGCUGUGUGGACACAUCUUGAGUGCAGAUGGCUUCGUGUAAACUGUUAUGGGCUUGCUCUGCAUUCACAUUAGCAUUGCUUGACUUAAAAGUAAUUUUAGACUCUGUUCAGAGGCUUUCUGGGCACCUGUCCCAGAGUUCCCUGCAGAGAUUCCCAAAACAGUACACCGUGGGUGGCACAUUUCAAACAGGCAGCAUCCACAUUAGGAUGGAAGCAGCUGAGAGAGAAACAGUUCCGAAUUAAGUAAGCGUUUGGCCCUUCUGAAAUGUGAUUUGCUCAGAACCGUGUGACGUAAGGAUGUAAAUAAUUUGGAACGGUGGUAUGGACAAACAGCACCACAUUCCUAGGGAGAAAAAGAGACAUGUUGCAUGGAAAUUCUGUUUUGCAGGGCCACAUGAUUAAAUGGAAUUGCAAGCAGAGAGUAUCUCAGAAAACUGCCGGUUUUUAAUCUGCUUUUUAUAAAUCCUUGCUUUUAAUUAUAAAAUAUCUGCUGUGAGAAAUUGUAAUGACUACUCAAAACAGUCAAACUGGAAAGGGGAGGCGGGACUAAGCUGGAAGGACACCCAAGUGCCCCUUUGUAUCCCUACGUAAAUGGGCUUCAACCCACAUAACAUCUCAUGGCCAUGGAUACCAAGCCUCCUGCACCCGUUAGCACACCUGGCUAAAUGCUGAGCCAGGAGUACACAGAGAGCAUCAGAAAGUGACUAAAAACAACUGGGCCUUUUCCAAUAGCUACACCUCUCCCCAUCCUAUAUCAUUCAAAGCUUUAUCUUUUCGGCGGGGGUGGGGGGCUUAGAUAUGGACAGGAAUUUUCACUGCUACAUUGAAAUUCUCACUGAAAAUGGUUAGGAGUUGGGGGUGUAGGUGUACUUUUAGAGAGUUUUAAUUUGUCUUUUGCCACUCUUUGAUGUUAUAUACCUUCUAUCUGUAUUCCUGCUGGGCUAGGAGUGUUUGUUAGUAGAGUGCUUUGCAUUCAUGGCCAUGAGAAGCAGAAGAUUUUCUGGAUUUUGGGGGGUGGGGUUUGUGGGGGAGAAUGUUUCCUGGAUUUUUGCAUUUCCAAUGCCUUAAAUAGAUUGGGAUCUGAUUUAACAUGUUUAUUUGACCUGUCUUUAGUAAGCAAAACUAAAAAUAGUAUUAAUGACAUGUUAAUGUUUGUUUUUCCAAUGACCUGAGCAUAUAAAUUGAAAUAUUUUAUUAGGAAACAAUAUAAAUCACACACUAACUACAGCUGCAGGCAGUGACGGAGUACCAGAGAUACACUGCUCAUGAAUAGACCCCUUACUUACAAACAGACCAAUGACUCUGGGUGUGUACAUGCAUACUGCGCUGUUGCUCUUUAGCCUGGAUCCAAAGCUUUUGGUGACAUUGCUCUCACUGGUGAGCAGCUCCGCCUCCUUCUCUGAAAGUUCCAGGGGUUCUUCACAGUGUUUGAAAUUCCCAUUUUUCUAGGCGCAUUUUUUGUAACAGGGAAUUUCAUCAGCACAAGCAGUUUUUGAGGUCUGGGUGCAGUACUGUGCCUAAGAUUUCCGAUUAAAACUGCCGAGUAGAAGGAAAGGAGGACCCUUUCUGCCUCCCCACUUCCAGCUACUCUCUGAAGACUGGAGAAGAGACCCUCUGAAAAAUAUUAGGAAGGUAGGCAGGGGAAGGAGUAGAGCACGUGAAAAAUGAACAUAAUAUUUUAGCUGCAGUUCAUUCAUUUUCAGCUUUGUAUGCUUGUUAUUUAAAAAGUGUGCCUAAACAUUCCGUUGUUGCGCCCAUAACCUAGGUUUAAGGUGCCAUUUAGCUCCUAGCUUUCAUAUCUCAGUCUCUAACACUGGUUCUUCAUCAGAUACAGACCCUCCAAGUGUCCCUAUUUUCCAGGGACAGUGCCUGAUUUAGAGAAGCUGUCCCAGUUUCUGAUUUGAUCCCGGAAUGUCCCACUUUUCUUUAGGAUGUCCAUUUAUCAUUGGAGAAAUGAAAGGAGUGUAUGGAGUUAUCUGAUCCCUGAGCCGUCUGAAGGCAGCCCUGUAUAGGAAAGUGUUUUAAUGUUCAGUGUUUUAUUGUGUUUUUAUAUGUGUUGGAAGCUGCCCAGAAUGGCUGGGGCAACCCAGUCAGAUGGGUGGGGUAUAAAUAUUAAAAUUAUUAUUAUGGAAUGGAAUGUCCCUAUUUCAGAGAAAUGUUGUAGGGUAUGCAGGUAGCAACCCAGAGGGCCCCUCAAGGAGAUCCUCAGAGUUGGAGGCCCUGCCUGCUCCUCAAGGUCUUCAUCCUGUGGGCGUGUCCAGUUCAUCCUCCAAGAACUCCAUGGCUGCUUCUAAGUCAGACACAGCCAUGACAUUAUGCAAACUAGCCUAUGCAAGCCGAAGUCUUGUGUGCUUUCCCUCUCCCCUCUCUUCCAGGACAGAAACAAGAAAGAUUGAAAGCUUUUGCUUCCAUUUCCAACUGUCCACAUUUUAGCAUUGAAUUUCAAUCAAAAGUUGGUAAAACUUGACUAUGUUUCAUUGAAACAAGCUGGUUUUGUGAACCGCAGUUUGGCUUAUUUCAAUAAAGAACAAUUGACUAACAUAGUUUGUCUGGGUUUGGACAUAUAAACUGUGGUUAGUCAAAACAGAAGUGAAAGUUUCCAAUCUGUUCCUCAUGGAUGUGCUUAAAAACGAAAGAGAAGUGAGGCUUGUCUAGGCUUGUUCUCAUAAUGAUUAGCCAUAGUUUAUAAUAAACAAUAAUUUAUAGUGAUGUCCAAACACAGUCGUAGUUUUCUACGCAUAAAGUUCUGUUGGGGCCAGGAGUGAUCCCAAACCUGGCAUGAGGAAAAAUACGCUGACAAACUUGGCAGUACCCCACUGUACCACAAUCCCAUUUUUCACUCAUUUUUGUCUUUGCUUCAGAGCGGCUUCUGUUUGAUUCUGCUGUCAUUAAGUGAUGAACAUGCACGUGUGAAUCUAUAUUUAAUGUUAGGGCUAAGUACCGGUAUGUUACAGAAACUCAAAACUUUCUGUCUUUAAUAUUGUGCACUGAUGACCAGUGAACUAAGAAUGGAGGCAAACACUUAUCCUCUCUUCAACAGAUGGACACUAGCAAAUUAUAAAUAAUUUUGGCACAUGUCUUUGAUCACUUCUCAGAUUAUAGCAGUGGCGUAGCGUGGGGGGUGCAGGGGGGGCCGGCCGCACCGGGCGCAACAUCUGGGGGGGGGCGCUCGCACUCGCAGCUCUCUGUCCCUACCUGGCUCACUCACUCUCUCUCACUGCAGUGCUGGCUGUGCGAAUCCGAUCCGAGCCGCUGGGUUGCCGCCCACUGUGGAGGGGGGGUGCCAGGCGUGCGGUGCGGAGAGAGAGCGAGGGACUAUCUGGGGGAGGGACAGUGCAGCGGCCGCCCAGCGCAGCGCUGAGCGCGGGAGAGAACCACACCAGACCAGCCCAGGCAGCAGCAAGAAGAAGCUGGCAGUGGCGGCAGGUUAGGGGUUAGGGGGCGCAAAUUACUUGCCUUGCCCUGGGUUAGGGGGCGCAAAUAACUUGCCUUGCCCCGGGUUAGGGGGCGCAAAUUACUUGCCUUGCCCCGGGUGCUGACAACCCACGCUACGCCGCUGGAUUAUAGACAAUAAAAGCUACUCACUACCACCUUCAUCAUGGACUUGCCAUGCUUUUUAAAAUUAGUAUGGAUACAGACCACAGCCUGCUAACUGAAAUCUGAGCAGAUAGGCACUGCCCAUUUCGCUCUUUGCAUAGUAUCCUGCACUGCGAUUUUUACUGCUCACUUCCUCUCUUCAAUUGAGCAGAGAGAUGGGAUUUCCACUGUAUCCCUUGGGAGCCUAUGCAUCAAUCUAAUAGACUUCACUGUCGGGAAACAUUUCCUAGAGAUUUGCUUUAAUCAUUGGUGUCAGAUUCCUGUCCUCUGGCAUGGCAUUUCUCCUUUUGCCUACAUCAGUUCAGGUUCCUAUGUUUAUAAUAGUAGCUGCUCAGUUGACCAUUUCUCUUUACCUGCUGAACAAGCUCUUGUCAGCUAUAGGCUCUUGUGGUUUUACUCUGGAGGCAUUUCCAUGUAUGCAGGAAAAUGCAUAAUCAGAGGGACAUUGGUUUUGUGAGACGAGCUCUCUGAACCCACUGCAACAGGCAAAUUGCAAUAAAGACAGAAUUGCAUGACUACAACCUGUUGCAACAGUUAAAAUUUGUGUCAUUAGCCAGACCCAACAUGUCUCCUGAAUUGGGAUAUAGCUAAGCUCUUAAUGCCUGUUACAUUGCUGGUGCUAUGUGCUAUUAAUAAUAUAAAAAAACAAGCCUUCAGUCCACAUAUCCCCCUGACAAAGAAACAAGUACAACAUCCCAUCAUUUUCCUCUGAUAGUAUCCAUUUACCGUCAACCAGAAUUCUUCAGACAUUGGCCUUUUUCUGGCGGUAGUACUGUAUUAGUUUACUACCAAACACGUUUCUGCCUUUGCAUGAAUUCCUGGAUGGCAUCUGAGACUGCCCUGUCUUGGGAUUUGGCAUGGUGCCUUGUAGUUAAUAAGGUGUUCUGAGAAGAGAUUGGAAGCAGCUACUCAUCUCUCUGAUUGCUCGGAAGACCAAAAACGACAAAGGGGGAAAAAAGGAAACUUGUUCCUAUGUAACUGUAGGCUCCUAAAGACUGCAGCAAGGAUGAAAAUGAAAAGUUGCAUAAGUUUGUAGACCCCAAGUUUUCCAUUUCUCCCACACAGCAACUACUGCUUGUCAUGGGGCUGUUAUUUAUUAAUAUAAAGUAACCAUGAAAACAGAAAUACAAAAUGAACUUGCAGAUACAACCAUAAAAUUAUCAAACACCUUGCAGCUGCAGCAAGUUAAAAAUCCUACAGACUGUAUUUUAACAUAAGGAUACUUUUUUGUUUAUCAAGAAUGGCAAAAGUAUUGUUCAUGAGUGUGUGCUUGCUGAGAGUUGUAAAAACCGCACAUGCUUUAGGGCAGCGGCUCUCAACCUGUGGGUCCCCAGAUGUUGUUGGACUACAACUCCCAUCAUCCCUGAGCUCUGGCCUUGCUAGCUAGGGGUUAUGGGAGUUGUAGUCCAACAACAUCUGGGGACCCACAGGUUGAGAACCGCUGCUGUAGGGUAUCUCUUGCUUGUUGUUGUUUCAUGCUUGCAUCUUGCUUUUCCUCUUAGGAACUCGGGGCUGUGUACAUUGUUUUCCCCUUCUCUUUUUAUUUUCACAAUAACCCUAUGAUGUAAACUAGGCUGAGAGUUGGUAGUACAGACACCAGAGUUAUGAAACUGUACAUACUUAGAGUAUUGUUUUGCUUGUUGUCAUUGAUCAGGGUUGGCAAACCUUUUUGUUUUGUUUUGGUAUUUCGCUGAAGACACACAUCUUUACCCUGGCACUUGAAGUGUAUAUUUUUAGGACCCACCUUGUUUGUGUGUAGGUUGUUUUAUACUGUUUUCAAUAUAUGUUUUAAUGUUGUAAUCCACCCUGUUGUAAUCCACUUUAGGGUGAAGGGCGGGUAAUUAAUAAUAAUAAUAAUAAUAAUCAGGAAUAUGACCCAUUGCAGUUGAAGUGGUGGUGGGGCUACUUUUCUGGCAUGCUUAUUUUUCUUUACAGAAUCUGUGAAUGACUAUCUGUCUAUGUAUAUUUGCAUUUUCCUUUUCCUCCAGGAGCUCAAGACCUCCCCUCCCCCUUUUAUCUUUGCAACAGCCCUGUGAGGUAGACUAUGCUAAUAUACGUACUUACAUAAGCAACAGUUAUUGCCAGGGGGUGUAUGGGUGGGUGUUUGUGUGCAGGGCCCCCAAACCACAUACAAUAUACUAGGCCCAGGAAAUGCUGUUGGCAUACUGAGAUGUGAGUGAAUGAAGCAUUGCAGUUUCUCACUAAAUGCCUGGUGUGGAAGCACCCUGGGGGGUUAAAGAAAUGUUAUUCCUUUUAUACUGUCUCUCCUGCAAAGCUUUUCAAGUUCAAGGCCCCUUUGAAGAGAAACUUCAUAUAAGAACUGCACAAAAGUCUGUAGCUAGGUUUCCUUUGGAGGAGUACCUUUUGUUUUUAAUUUGUUCAGCUUGAAAUUAGAGGUGGGCGAGAGUGAAGAGUACUGAGUUCUAAUCUGCAAGUCCAAGGUCAGUACCCAUGGGUGUGGCUCUACUCCCCAUGGGGGUCACAUGGCUUAAGAAGUGGAAAUAUCCCUCCCAGGGAUUUUUAGGUAUGCAGGAUUAAGCUGAGAGAUUUGGGAUGGUCACCCAAUGGGGUACAGGUCUGUCAAAACACCUAAGUGAAUUAAAGCCAGUAUCUGGUGGUGAUCUCUGGAGGAUUAAAAGAAAAACACAGGGCCUUGCAGAACCUUCAGAUCUCUUAAUUCCUGGGAAGCCAAGAACUGCAAAUUGACUCCUUAAAUGCCAAAAUCUAGGCACACAGUGACCCCCGCUGUUCCCCUCUAUUAUCGAUAGAGAGAGUUGUAUUUGGAAAGGAAAGAGAAACAAUGUUUGCACGUCUGGGUUUGGCAAGGGCCUAUGCAGUACAAGAAUCAGGCUAGGAAACGCAGAUAUCAAAAGCCAGGCCACAGAGCAAGGCUAUGGACCAGGGGUCAGCAAUCUUUUUCAGCUGUGGGCCGGUCCACAGUCCCUCAGACCAUGUGGUGGGCUGGACUAUAUUUUGGUGGGGGGAAUGAACGAAUUCCUAUGCUCCACAAAUAAUCCAGAGGUGCCUUUUAAAUAAAAGGACACAUUCUACUCAUGUAAAAACAUGCUGAUUCCCGGACCGUCCACGAGCCGGAUUUUGAAGGCGAAUGAGCCACAUCCGGCCCCCGGGCCUUAGGUUGCCUACCCCUGCUAUGGACCUAUUAAGGGAGGCAGAGAUUUCUCCCUGAGCCUUCCAAAAAGCCCCCACCAGCAGGUUAUUUAACGUUGUGUAUUUACUAUGGAAAAUUCAGGGGUGAGGGGAACCUUUCUUUCCACUUUCACCCUCUCUCCGUUUGUAUAUUUCUACCAGCAUGCUUCUCUAGGCUUAAUUCUUGUUUAAUAUCUUAGUGUCUUUUAAUGACAGCGGGAGCUGCAGGUUGCUCUCUGUGGGAGGCAGUGGGAGGCUGUGCUUGAGGUAAAGAGACUUGAUUAAAUACUGCUUUUCUGUGCUAUGAUUCUUUUCCUCCUUGUUAGGGGGGAAAUAGUAGAUAUUCUUGCUAUAUUAAUGUAUAUACCGGUAGCUUCAUUUGUUUAUCCAUCUAAUAUAAGGGGCACAUCAAAGUUCUUAGUAUGGCACAUACAUUUAGUUUUCUUAGCCAAGCGAGAAUUGCUAACAGGAACUUGCUUUUGAAAAUCUUGGUGGGAGAAAAUGGGCACCAUGUUAGGAAGCCAAAUAGGUGAUAUUUCGGAAGUUCCUAUACCCACUUCCAUAGCUCUCUUCUAGAAUGUUCCAUGGGCUAAGAAAAUCAGGGGAGAGUCUGCCUCAGACUACAAUGUUUGUGCCAGGAGAGAAUAUAUCCGUUUUCUAGAAUAGUUCCUGCAUAUUUUAGGAAGAAAAUAAUCCCCCACUUCAUAAUUGAGUGGUAGAAAGGAGACAGAGAUGACACAUUUAAUAUAGUCUAGGCAGGGGGUUACAUUUAUUUGUGUAAACAGUGGUUUAGAAUGCACUGUGCAGUCCUUGCCUCUUCAGCUAAAACACUGUUUAGGUGGAAAAUGAAAUUAGCCUGGUGGUCGGAAUUUUUCCCGUGAGGACACUCUUUGAAACAAAUCUUGCGAUGCAGACCUUAUUACUCCAGGGGGAGGAAGUUGACCGAACUUGGGAGAGAAUCGAGAACAGAGCAUUGCAAUCUUGCAGUCAUGCCUGAGAGUGUAUUGAUAGAACUGUGGAAUCCAGGGGAGCAGCAUGGCAGGAGACGUGCCAGGCUGAGCGAGAGAUACACUGAAAGAGUUAUGUGGGAAGAUUUGCGGGUCAGAGCUGAAAUGCCCUGACAGAGCGACGCCGUGGAGAAAUUUGCACAGUGAGAAUCAGAUUGGCUUUUGUAGAAUGAAAUGCUGCGUAACUCAUGUCAGGGAAAGAGAAGGGAGACAGAGAGAAAGUGCAAACAACGGCAGGCUCUGUCUGUCUGUCUGUCUCUUUCUCGCUCCCUCUCAGGGUCUGAUUAAAUAGAGCUGCCAGAAGAGGUCAGCCCUUGUUGACUUGCUGACAGCUUGGGUGGAAGGCGAUAUGAUUUGGAAGGGAAGUGAUAUUGAUCACAUAUUAAAAACAAAACAAUCCUCUUCCAAGCCGGGUGAUAAUGAAGUGAGGGUAGCUGGUUUGUAAGUGCUUCCUAAACAUCCAUGGAAGGAGGAGGGGAGGAACCCAGGCAUAAUGCGAAUGUCAGGAGCUGGCAAGGAGGAAUCCAGUUGCUUCUCUUUCCCAGCAGCUGAUGUUCAAGGUGGGUAUUUAUUUGCCAGAAUGUUUUUGUUCUCUCAGGUUUAGCUGGUAAAUCAAUGGCUAUUAGCUGCCAGAGAUAAAUGCAACAUCCAUAUUCAGUGUACCUCAGAUGCUGGGAGCAAGCCACAAGGGACAGCUACCCCCAUCUUGCUCUAUUGGUGAGCUGCCCUAAGGCAAGGAUGGGAGACAGUGUGGGACUGUGAGACUCUUCGUCUGAUCUGGCAUAAGCAGCUCUUAUGCAGCUGCCUGUGCCUUCACCAUAUAAUGAAGGGGCUCUUGAUUCAAGUAACGCUGGGCUUAAUCAAGGUGACACGCUCCAUAUCUCAGGGAAGGGACCUUCUUUUAUGUUGGCUGAGUGACAGCUCUUUUUCAUGACUACUGUAUAUAUUUUGCAUAAGGAGGAAGAUAUCGGAUACGAUUUGGUUUGGAUUUCAUAACAUACUUCUAUUUGCAUUUCCUGCAACACUCUUUAAAUGUACAAUAUGCUUUAUAAUUUUUCAUCAGUUCUCAAAUCUGGUAGUAGCGAUAGUGACUUGCCUAAGGCCAUCUAGUGAGCUGUGGUCUGAGCUUGGAUCUGCUUGUCAUUCUUUUUCAUUCUCCAACCCCAUCUUUCCUUUAAGAUGCUCAGAGUGCAUGGGAGUGCCUCCAUUUUAUCCUCGGAAUAACCCAGUGAAGGGGGCUAGGGGAGAGAGUGACUGGCCUGAGGCUGCACAGUGAACUGCAUGGCUAGUAGAUUAAAAUAUAUGAAAUAAUAGAAAUAUGUAACCUCUGCUGGUGCUUAGGUAUUUUUAACCUGAUAGACACAUCUUAACAAUUUGCAUUAACUCUCUCAUAAAAGUUCUUUCUUAUUUUCUUUUAGUGACUUCUCUACCUCUGUUUUGACAAUGAUCCUCAAAGGACUUUUCCCUUCUUCACAGAGGAUAAGGUAUGAAAUAGAUAUUUUUUGUUGGGGAUAUUUAUAAUGCAAAGUGUAUAUAAGACUUAACCUUGCCUAGUAUUUGUUUAGACUGCUGGAAGGAUGGAUUGAUAUUUAUUGUGAGCUUCAGGGAUCACUUCACAGAGUGCAGAGGUGAGGAACCUUUGGUGUAGAGAACCUUCAGAUGUUCCCAUCUAGUGCUUGGUCUCUGCUGACACCACACCUCCUACAAGGCUUCCUCUCCCAAGCCAAGCUGCUCAUUGGCCAUGUUUUUCACCCCCCCCUUUAGUAGUUUGCCUAGGUGGAGUGUGUCCUUGAACAGUGAUAGUAACUCUUGUCUGAAUGGAGGACAGAGAGGGGAUGUCCAUGUGUGCUGAAACAAGCCUACCAUGGAGAGAUAAAAUGGACAUUAGUUGCUCUACAUGUGUUUUUAUUGCUAUUUUUGUUGUCUGGUCUUGGGCUGUAAUAAAGAUUGAUGAUCAUUAGUUGCUCUGCCCACUCUUGCCUCUGUCUUCACCCCCCACUGGUAUAUGUCCCCCAGAAGGUUGCCUUGAAAGGAAUGCAGUUCUCAGGCUCAAAAGGUUAUAACCCAAUAUAGCGUAUGCGUACCAAAAGGGAAUGCGUGUGCAUGGCAUACACAUUAUUACAGGUGCCUAUAUACCAGGGCACUGAAACUGGAAGCAGAGGCCUGCUGUACUUAUAUGAAUUGGCUAACAUGCACUUGUUGCGGUAUGGUGUGUGAGGUGGCUGUUCACUGAUUACUGAGGCAACAGAAAUCUUAAGGCUUCUUCAUUAAAAUAUUUAUGUCGGUCAUAUUUAAACUAGAGAAAUAUGGAAGCAGAAGCUUUUAAAAUCAGAUGCAAUUAAAAUUCUUCUCCUCUUCCAAUCUUCCCUGAAGUUGCCGCUUUACUCUUCAGUUACAUUCUGUUAACAUGGAUGAGACCUGAAUUUCAAAUGGAAUGAAGCAUAAACCAAAAUGUUUUGAAACAGACUUUCAGCCCCUCGAAGACCUACUUUUUACAGUUAUACACUAAGGCACAAAUGCAGCAAAGCCUCGUCUCUUGCCACCUUGUAGAUCAACAUUUCAAAGUCUCAUGCUCCACAGCUGCUAUAGCAACUCCUUUGGGUUCUGGAAAAACAUAUACACUAAAAUACAUCAAGCUCUGCUACGCAUAUCAUAACUCAGUUACUUCUUUUGGGUUGCCUGUCAAAUCUGAGCUGCUGGUUCUGGCUGAGUUUAAUAGAAAAGGCACUGGAUUGAUUCCUGAGUGUCUAUAUAAAGAUUCACAUAAAAUCUGUUAGCAAAGAGUUUAAAGCUGAUCCAUUGGUAGGGUCUCCUGGCCUUGCUUAUGUAACUCCUGUUUAAAAAAGGGAAGUGCAGGUCAGUAGAAAAUGACUGGUGACAUGUGUCUCCUGGAAGUCUGGAGAUAAAAAGAGGCAGAAGUAUGGCUCAUUUGCUAAUCUAAUAACUCCCCAUCCAGAUUUUCCCUGUAUCUCCAUCUCCUCACUUGUAGAUUUCCCUCCGACCCUAUUUUGCUGUCCCUUAAGUGGCAUCGAGGGGUGUAGGGAACUGCAGUCAGUAAAUCGCAUCCAACAAUUCACAGUGGCUGCUGCUAAAUCAGCUAGCUGAGCACCUGCUGUCUGAAAGCUAAUGGAACUGAAUAGCUGGGUUUUCAAUCUUAAAGCAACAGAGACAAGUAAAAGAAACAAACAUCACAGAAUGUUAUACAGUCUGCCCUAAUUUGGCUUACGAAAACAUCAGAAAUGUUUCUUUCUUUUUAGUGCAAUAGAAAGGGCAAACCCAAACUUCUAAGCAUGAGAUGGACUUUUAGUAAUUGUAUGCUUGAUCAGGUAACCUCAGAUAACAGCCCCCUUCAUCACUCUGUUUCUAUGAUCAAGUGGGUAUUCUGAAGCUGAAAACAGCUAAAUGUGAACAAUAGGGCCAGGCAAUAACUUUUUCAACAUCAUGAUAUAUAACCAGCUAAACAUUGCAAUAUAUUGAUAUAUCACGAUUUCUGAAAUAAGGAAGGAACUCUGCAGAGGCGAACAGGACAAUGUCCUGGCAACUGCUACUACUUAAGGGUCUAAAACUGAUUAUCAAUCACCUCAUGGUCACUUUCAGCAGCAGGCAAGCCAAAAUGCAUCCAAAUGAGACUUUUGGGUUUGGGCUUGGCUACCAAAUGGUGGUAUGCAGGCCAAAGGAUGCUAAUGAGUCAUAGUGAAUACAAAUAAUCUGGGACUGCCACACUGCCAGCGGGCUUGCUAAGCGGUGGCAGCAGCAGCAGCAUGGCUGCGGCAGAAUGAACAAUGGUGGGGGAGGGGGGAGCAGUGGCAGCCUGGCAACAGUGCCAUAAUAAUCAGCAGCCUGCAAAACCUUGUCGUCUUGGCAGCAGUAGUAGUGGCCUGCAAGGCCUUGUGGCAGUGGCAAAAGUGGCAACAGCCUGCAAGGCCUUGUCAUGGUGGUGGCAGUAGCGGUGGCCUGUGAGACCUUGUGGUGGCAGCAGGAGAUGGUUGUAGAAGCAGACAUGGCCUGUGAGACUUUGCUGAGGCAGGCUGCCACAGCUUCUCCCACCACCUCCAAGAGGCCUCGCAGGCCACCGCCACUUCUUGCCACCAUGGCAAGGCCUCGCAAGCCCCAUUGCUUGUGUUGCCAUGAGGCCUUGCAGGCUGCCACUAGUAUUACUGCCAUCUCCCAUUGCCAUCACAAGGUCUCACAGGAUGCUGCUACUGCCGUCACCUGCUAUCACUGCCAUGAGUUCCUGCAGGCUUCUGCCACAAGGACUCGUAGGCCACCGCUGCUUCUGCUGUCAAAUCCUGUCGCCAAAUCCUGUUGCCACUGCGAGGCCUCGCAGGCCAAUGCCAUUACUGUUGUCACUUGUCAUCACCUCUGCAAAGCCUUGCAGGCUGCUGCCAACACUCCUUGUCACUGCUGUGAGGCCUUGCCGCCGCCUCCAGUCGUGUAACUGAGUGUGUGAUUAUUGAUAAUAUUGUCAUUUAUCUGUUUUAGACCCCUAAGUAGUAGCAGUUCCCUGGACAUUGUUCUGUCUGCCUCUGUGUAGUUCCAUCCUUAUUUCAGACAUUGUGGUAGCUUGCAGUGUUUAGCUGCUGAUAACAUUGCAGUUUUUAGCUGGUGAUAUUGUGAGGUUUAGGUGGUGAUAAUGUUGCAGUGUUUAGCUGGUAAGGUAUCAUGAUAUUGAAAACUAGGUAUCGCCUAGCCCUUACACACAUUGUGAUUCACAAUAUAUUGCCAGCUCAAAUAUUACGAAACAAUUAUCAUGAUGUGAACUUCAAACCAGUUUUGGACGAUAUAUCAAUAUAUCACCCAGCCCUAGUGAGCAAACAAGCUAGGUAAUUAGGGGAAUCUUAAUUUACCUCCUUUAACCUGGAAUAGAUAAGUAUACAGUUGAGUUGCAACCUUGCAUGUGGUCUUUUGUCUUUUCAUUUCCUUAAAAUCAUCUUACCAUUUCAGUUUAAAGCCAAUUUCAAAGUUGUUAGUGAUUUUUCAUCAAUUUUUCCACUGUGUAGACCUUUGGAAACACUUUCCUGUUUUGGUGACCGUGACAGGAUAUCCCAUGGUAGCCUUCUUUAUUCUCUGCUGCACAGUGUCUUAUUACUUGCAUCGACUGGGGUUUUUUGGAUGUGUGGAGUAUGUAAUGCCUUAAUAAUGCCAGUUUAUUUGCAGUGUGGCAGUGGAUUAACUGUAUGCAUAUGAUCUUAUUUGCAAAAGCUGCUGUAAACUAUGGGAUAGAAGUAUUGAGCAAAAAGUCUCCAGACAGUUUUGAAAUUAAUAUCUUUUUUCUCUCUUUUGGUAAAUGAGACACCUUAUUGGGAGAGAAAUUCUGUAUCUUUACAAGCCAAUAUCUCAAAGGUAAAAAAACAACCCCUGGAUUUUGGGCAAAGUAAACAGUAGCGCUGAAAUAAAUGGCAGCACAAUCGUGAUAUUGAGCAUUCAGAAGUGGGUGGAAUUUACAAUUCACUGCACAUACAUACACAGAGUAGCAUGAGAGAGAAUAAUGCAAUGCGGCAUGACUAAAUCCUACCAGAAUUCCAUGCCAAUGUAAACAAGGUUUUUUGGAUCAGGAUAACACCACCAAAUAAGCUCUCAGGUGCCCCAGGCCAUUGAACAAGCCCUUGCCGAGGGUGGCUCAUGGCUAUUCAGUAGUAAACUUGGUCUGUAAUGCUCAACUGCUGAAAUGUUUCUGAUUCAAUAAUGUUUCCUUGAAAUUAACCAGUCUUCUUGUAUUGUUGGGCUUUGUGCAUUGUGAAGAUUGUGAGGAGGGGGGGAGAGAACCAGGAGAACGGUAGCCUAGCUUGGAGUUUAAAAAGUCAACUGCACUUGAUAUCUUGUAUAGAUCUUGAAACCUAUUAUUUGCAAAACUACUAUUCAGGCCUACCUUUUGAGGGGCGGCUUUGCCUCUAGAUGAAUCUUGUGCAUAGAAAUUAAUUUUGCUAAAACAAUCCCUCUCUCUUCUGUUGCCAUGGUAAUGUGUCCCUCCUCCACUGCUGCAUCGUCUUCUCGUAGCUUCCCUCAACAUCCUUAAGUCCUUACAUACAGUAUAUGUAUAUAUAUUUCUGACUUGUUUCUGGCCAGUCUCUUAUAAAAGAAAAGAAAAAAUCAAACUGACAUGAGUUCUGUGCACCCUAUUUUUGUUAAAUAAUGGAGUUCCACUCCUUCACUAUCUAAUUCACUAAAGGAUAACACUAAGAACUGUACUAGAUUGGUGGCUAGCCAGAACUUGUGAACAGCGCACAGCAAAAUGGAUAAUUUUAAGCAAAGGAAAAUGUUUAUUUGGGGUGCGGUGGGGAAGGUAGAGAACAAAAAAUAAGGCACGUUUGAAACCUCCCCUACCCCACAAAAUAACAUGGCAACUUGUCCAACUUGGACAGACCUAAUGACAUGGGGUGGGGAGAUACACCAUUUCUAUUCCUGUGAAAUGGUUGUUGUAUCCCUGGUGGGGAAGAACACAGAAAAUCCCCAAAUGCCAUAAAGAGGGAAGACACGCUCCCCAGCAUCCCUCCAAAGCCCACCAAUCAGGGACUGUGCUGAUGUGACACCCACAUACUGUCCACACAUGGAGGGAGCUAGUUAACUCACCCCCAACACACGCACUGCAUCACAACACACAUAACAUGCACAAUGAUGCUGCAAUGUCCCCAAUCUGUUAAUCUAGUGAGUAUAUUUUCCCCCUUGGGGGUUGCAUGGGAGAUACUGCUCAUAACUGUUGAGGGGGGAAAGCACGAUUCACUUCAGACAAGAAAUAGAGUAUUCACAAAUGGCAAACUUGAAGGCAGUUGCAGCAGUCGUCCUCUGUGUUAUACAGCUCUGUUUGGGCACCCAUAAUUGUAAUAGUGACUUGAGGGGUGCUGUGAGGUGUUUGAGGGGCGUUUGUGUCUCAAUAUCAAGACAUGGUGCCUGUAAGGGUUCCAGGAAGUGAAGCAUUGGCAAUACAUUCAGAUUUCUAGAAAUGUUCUGGAGACAGGUUGCUUGUUCAGAGUGUUCCCAUUGUGUGAAAAGUGCCCUUUGCCCAUAGUUCUUUUCACCAAACUUGUGAUUUAUUUGUGUGCACUGAGCUAGAGACAGACAGUUAUGUGCCCAGUGACCUCCAUUUAUAUACUGGUUGUGGGAAGCAGUGGAGUUGGUGUUGAGAUCAGUGACUUUAUUCUUGAAAGCAAAAUGCAAAACUAGAACAUCUCUAGUGAUAGUAUCUGGAAUCUAAACAGGUUAUCACCCCGGAUGUAAAACCUUCUUUUAUAUGAGCAAAACUACCGUAUUUCUUGUGUAGCUAGUGAUCUUGUAAGCCAGGAGUAUUGGAAAAAUCAAUCAAAAACAUUUGAAUUACAUUUCAAAUCAGAAUAAUCAAUUUCAAUGUUUAGAUUUGAUGUCUAAUGUAUGAACUAGGAAAAGGGGGUACAGGUGCAAUUCCCAAGACUCCCACAGUGCCAUGUGUGUCAGGAAACUGCAAACUGAAAUAGAAUAAUGAUCAAAGAGCUGGUUGUGAAUGGCUCCCCAUACGUAUUUCAGAGCAACAAUGUUCUCUCUCUGAAAGCUUAACCUUUUGGCUCUAGCAGGAGUGACAAUACAAAAAUGCCUGUACUUUGGUGAAGAGAAAUGCUAAGAAUAAUAGACAGAAUAAGAUAAGACUGUCUCCCUCACAGUCACAUUGCACCCUGCAAACUGACUUUGUUUCUGGUGAGGUGGAAUGAAAAAGCUGCAGCAGAAGUCUGGUAGGAAUAAAGCUUGUAUUUUGUGCUCCCCUGUCGCUCUGCAGAAACUGUUUAUUUACUGACCCAGUUAGCAGAGUGGUUUUUGUUAUCAUGAGUGAUUCAGGUACAUGAACAUAGAAGCACCCAGAGCAACAGGAAGCAGCAUUUUCCAUGUGACAAAGGAGGAGUGACCUGCAAUCUUAGUCUCAAAGGAUUUCUCAUAUGGUAUACAACUUAUAAAAACAUAAAUUCAUUUUAAACGGGGCACUUUUUCACGUGGCACACAGUUAAACUAUGGAAAUAGCUCCCAGGAGAUGUACUAAUGGUAAGCAACUUGGAUGGAUUUGAAAGAGGAUUAGGCAAAUUCAUGGAAGAUGCUGCUAGCCAUGAUGUCUGUGUACUCCUUCCACUCGCAGAGGCAUUAAGCCUCGGAAUGUCAGUUGUGGGAAGCACAAGUGGAGAGAGCACUGUUGUACAAGUCUUGGCUUGCAGACUUACCAUAGGCAUGUGCCUGGCCCUGUGAGAACAGGAUCCUGGGCUAGACUGGUCUUUGGUCAUCUCCAGCAGGGUGCACUUUACGUUUUUCCACUAAUGCUGUCAUCAGUCUUUUUGCUGGUGUAGAAACAGCAAAUGCAAAAAUUCCUGCUGCAUACAAAGCAGAUGCCAAUCCUACUAUUGUUUGUGACUCUGUACAGGGCAGAAGCAAAACAACUUCUUUAUUUCUACUUUUAAAUGUUAUCCGUAGAGGCAGUCCAAAAAAGUUGGAGGUCAUGGCUUUUUGGUAUGCAUCGCUGUCUUUUACUAUGGGGCCCUUAGCUUGAUGAGAAGCAAAAGACAAAGAUGUUAGUCAUUAGACAGUCUGUUGAUAUUUUCCCAAGAAUAGGGAAAGUCGUCGGGACUGCAAGGUCAAAUUCACCAAUUUGUCCCCUAUUCUUACAUUCUUCUUCUGUGUUGUAGUGCUGGCUGAUGGCAGUGACACAGGGAGAGAAGUAGCAACUGAACAGUGUGGAGCAUGAGCGUAGCCAGGAUUUUUGUUGGGGAAGGGACAGGACUUUGGGGAGGGGGGCAAACCAGACAUGAUUGGUCAGUUAAGUAUUUCUUUUGUUUUACUUGAUGGGGGGGGAGCUGCCCCCGCCCCCUGGCUAUGCCCAUGGCAUGGAGGCAGGUGGUGCAGAACAGCAAGAAGGGGAGAGGAAGAAGGCAGCUGUGGGAGUGGCAGGUUAGUGGGGAAGACAUGCUGUGUGUUGUGUAGGGGAUUUGGCUAAUUGUCCUAAUAUGGAAGGGCAGCUGCUGAUGGCCAUGUGUAGAUCUAGCUGCCAGAGAAGGGAAGCUACUACGAGCUCUGUGGAAAUUACCAGCUGCCACUGUUGCUAAUACAGUGGUACCUCGGGUUAAGAACUUAAUUCAUUCUGGAGGUCUGUUCUUAACCUGAAGCACCACUUUAGCUAAUGGUGCCUCCUGCUUCUGCUGCAACGCCACUGUGCGAUUUCUGUUCUCAUCCUGAAGCAAAGUUCUUAACCCAAUGUAAUAUUUCUGGGUUAGCAGAGUCUGUAGCCUGAAGCAUAUGUAACUUGAAGCAUAUGUAACCCGAGAUACCACUGUACUGCAAUCAGUUAUACUAAGUCUCUGAGUGCUUAUCUUUAUGUAGACAAAAAGACACCAACCCAGAAUCUUGGGCAAUGUUACGUUGAAACAAGAGUGCAUCUGGGCAUGUGCAAAGUGUCUUUACUUCUAACAAAGCCUUUGUUUUACUUGUAACAAAGUCUGCAUGUAUUAGGAAGAGAGAGCAUGCUUCUAUAACAGGUGCUAUAACUUAAGUGGCAGUGCAAUUGUGUGUGUUUUUUUUCAACAACUGGGAGUGGGGGAGUAAUUCUCAUCUUACUCUUCCAACAAAAUGUGUCAUUAUCCUUUGCAUAUAUGCUCAGAACUAGGUCCCAUUAUGUUUUCAGUGUGAUUUAACUCUCAGGUAGGUGAAGUUUGAUAUUCUUUUCUAUUGUGGGUGGUUGGCGGGGAGGAAGUUUGCAUUUGCAAAGCAGAAAACAAAACACCCCCCCCCCCUAAAGUAGAUACUCUGUCUGGCAAGCAAACAUGAAACAAAACAGAAGGAGAGUGUAUGUUUUAAAUUGUUUUAUAUUUUUUGUGGUGGUGGUGAGGGUGGUUUGCAUUCACCAGUGGAUGCAGGAGGGGGAAUAGUAUGGCCUCUUGACAAGAGAAGAGGCUUGGAGAAGUUUGUGUGUUUUUUUCUGCCCUGGAGCAGGCGAAGGAGUUUGUAUCUUCCACUCACAUCCAAUAUCUUUCUUCAAGUUUCUCUCCGUUUGCUCUUAAUACUUGCUCAGCAGCCAGGCAAAAAGCUGAAAAAAAGAUCCCCCCUCCACCAGAAAUGAUAAGACAUUAGCUACCUCAGUCUCCUUGUCUGCAACAAACAAACAAACAAACAAACAAACAAACAAACAAGAAGUCUUUUACUCUCCACUGUUGCUACAAUGAAGCUAGAGACACUGUUUCUUCCUCUGUUGCCCUUCCCUCUGCCUUCAGACUUCCUUGCUCAUUAGCAGCAGCUGCUGCUGCAAACCGAAAUGGCAUCAGUUCUGAGAGUCUCUUGUUUUAAGGUGGGGGGAUGGGACCAAAGCAGGCAUGUGUCACUUAAAAACAAAAACACCAGCUGGAUUCCACUGCAUAAGCCUACAUGGUUUGUGUCCAGGAUGAUAGUCAGGGUCUGUCUCCUCCCAUAACAGCCUGCCCUGCUCCAUCUCCCCCAUGUCUUGCCCAUGGCCAAGGGACAAAUGGUUGAGUCCUGAGAAAGGGCCCUCCACGUGACUGUGCCAAGAUUAUGGAUCAUUUUACCUUCUGAGCUCUGUCAUUCUGCCCUCUCUAAUUUGUUUUGCCACCUCAUCAAUACUUUUUGAUUUCAAAAGGCACUUGACCUGCUGGGUGGAUAAUUUUUUAUGUGGCAACCCCUCAUUUUAACAUGAUUUUUUAUACGCUCUGCCGGUCUGUAUUUUAUUGGUUUGCACUGUUUUUAUUGUUUUCGUUUGAUUUUUUAAAAUUGUUUUCACCGGUUAUAAAACAACCUGGAGCAAUGCAGAUACAUUGGAAGGACAGCAUACAAGUACUACUGCUGCUGCUGCUGCUGCUGCUACUACUACUACUAAUAAUAAUAAUAUAUUUAUACCCCUCCUCCAUCUGGCUGGGUUUCCUCAGCUACUCUGGGUGGCUUCCAACAGAACACUAAAAACAGAAUAAAACUUCAAACAUUAAAAACUUUCCUAAAUAGGGCUGCCGAUAGUUGUUUAUUUCUUUGACAUCUGAUGGGAGGGCAUUCCACAGGGCAGGCGCCACUACUGAGAAGGCCCUCUGCCUGGUUCCCUGUAACUUAGCUUCUCGCAGAAGGCCCUCAGCGCUGGACCUCAGCGUCCGGGCAGAAUGAUGGGGGUGGAGACGCUCCUUCAGGUAUACUGGGCCGAGGCCAUUUAGGGCUUUAAGGGUCAGCACCAACACUUUAAAUUGUACUCAGAAACGUACUGGGAGCCAAUGUAGGUCUUUCAAGACCGGUGUUACAUGGUCCCAGUGGCCACUCCCAGUCACCAGUCUAGCUGCCGCAUUCUGGAUUAGUUGUAGUUUCCGGGUCACCUUCAAAGGCAGCCCCAUGUAGAGCACAUUGCAGUAGUCCAAGCGGGAGAUAACCAGAGCAUGCACUACUCUGGCAAGACACUCCACGGGCAGAUAGGGUCUCAGCCUGCAUACCAGAAGGAGCUGGUAGACAGCUGCCCUGGACACAGAAUUGACCUGUACCUCCAUGGACAGCUGUGAGUCCAAAAUGACUCCCAGGCUGCGCACCUGGUCCUUCAGAGGCAUAGUUACCCCAUUCAGGACCAUGGAGUCCUCCACACCCACCGUCCCCCUGUCCCCUAGAAACAGUACUUCUGUCUUGUCAUGAUUCAGUGUCAACCUGUUAUUCGCCAUCCAUCCUCCAACCGCCUCCAGGCACUCACACAGGACCUUCACUGCCUUCACUGGUCCCAAUUUAAAAGAGAAGUAGAGCUGGGUAUCAUGUGCAUACUGAUGAACACCCAGCCUAACUUCCAGGGUGGCGCCAUCGGCAAUGGCGGACUCCCUCUGAUCUGGAGGGACUAGCUCCGCACGAAACGGGUCUUUUCCGCUACGGCGAAGCGGGGACCCUUUCAAAAAUCACAGGCGGAUGAAGCCUGUGACCAUGGGACUCGGCGGGCACCCUUAGCGCCCCCCCAACCCGCAAAGGAACCCACUAACGGGCUCCGAAGCGAAGAGGGGGAAGUGGCGCGGUGCUGAGAGUCAACUGCUUUUUCCGUGGAGCGAAGCCGCAUAGCCGUUGCCGGAGAGCGCUGCCUUUUUCCUGGGACAAUUUGGCUUCUAAAAUAAUCACCCGUGAGUACUUAAAUUUUGGACAAUUGGACUUUAAAUAAGGACUUGCGAGCAGAAAGGAAUUGGACUUAAAAAUUUACUUUAAUUUGGCACUGAAACGGGAAGGUCUAAACAGGAAGUCAGCCUUCCGUUUCUUUGUAGACAGAAUAAAGCAAAGACAAGGUAAACUAGAGCUCAGAAAAUCGCUUCUAAAAGAUUAACUUUCAUCAUUUAAAAUUGUUGAACCCCCCUUCGGAAGCAGGAGAAGAAGGGGGAUCUUUCUCGGACUGUUUAAACCUGCAGAAGUGAGUUUAAAGUAAAGUAACUUUCCACCGUCCUGAUCCUGGAGCGGGGUGUCAGGACUGACGUUUGAAGCUCAUUGACCAGAGACAAACGUUUUGACAGAUAGCUAAAAGAAGAGAAACAUAGUGAUUCCACUGUUCCCUUUCGCAUUUUAAAGGAACAAAUAUUGACAAAAUAUCUGAAAAAGGAAACUUUGUUGCUAGAUUUGUCCUUAAAAGAAAGAACAAAUAGACUGUGAAACUGUAACCAAUUCCAGGGAGCUUGCAGCUGUUACAGAUUACAAUCGUGGGAAUAGACUUUUGACCUUGUAGGACAAUGUAUUCAGAAGCUCUGUUGUGUGUUCUCUGUAAAACAAAUGCCCUACUGGAACAGUUAAAUGAGAAGACGGAUUUGAUGACUAAUGCGGUCAGAAUUUUUGAACAGGCAGUGAGAAACUAUAUGGAGCCCACCCAGGAAUUAAAACAGGAGUGUGCCCUGACAGAACAGAUGAGAGAAGAGGACGUUGCUGAAUCUUGGGUGCCAGAGAUGGAGGGAGCUGUGGCCCUGCAGGAACAUGAGCUUUUGGAUUUGACAAAUGAACUUGGAAAAAGCCAGAUUUGGAAAGAUAAAGUUUGGACUGGUUUGGAAAUGGGGGGUUGGAUAGACCCCCCUAUGCAGGGAUGUUUGGACUUUCCAAGUCUGGCAAUGGGCCGUGAGAUGUUUGGGGCUGUGGGGGCUCUUAAUUUUGGAGGGAUUCUGAAACAUGUUUUUAAAUACCACAUGGAGUUUAGUCUGGACUAUGGAAAAGGGGCUGAUUUGUUGAAAAGGGUCAAAAAUAUUACCAAGCUGCAGUUCCCACGAGUGAAAGGAGAAUAUGAAGAAGAGCCGCGGAAGCGACAUGGAAGAGACUUAAGGGCCUCGGAUAUAAGGUUACCAGGUUAAUGCGCUAGAUCAAUGGGAUACAAAGGACGGACACAACCCGGGACCAGGAGGAAGGGACGCUGGAUGAAGAUUGGAUUGUUUUUAUUUCUUUUUUAUUACUAGGAUUGUUUUAUAAAAUUGAUGAAUGUUAGAAAAAUGUUGGAACGAAAUUACUUGGCUCUAGUAAAAAUGUUUAAAGAAUUAGGUAAGAAUAUUAUGGUUAUGAGAAGUUGGUAAAAAUAAGAUUUAAGUUUUAAGUUUUAAGGUUUUCUAUAAGAUAAGAUGAAAAUAGAUUAAUGUAAUGUAAUGACAGAAUAUUAUGAAAUAUGGAAAGGAUUUGCUGCGACAAUUAACAACUAGGAUACAAAAAAAGGGAGGAGGAGGUCAAAGAAAUAAGGUAAUGAUAGUUGAGGAUUUGAGAAUGAUGGCUUUGUUUUUGUCUGUUUGUGGUGUAUUUUUGGGUUUUUUGAAUUUGUAUUGUUUGAUGUGGUUUGUUUUUUCUUUGUUUUUUCUUUUUUCUUUUUCUGCUUUGUUCUUUUUUGUAAUUCUAAAAUUUUUUCAAUAAAUAUCAUUUUAAAAAAACAAAACACCCAGCCUAAACCCCCGAUGAUCUCUCCCAGCAGCUUCAUGUAGAUGUUAAAAAGCAUGGUGGAGAAGAUGGAACCCUGAGGCACCCCACAAGUGAGAGCCCAGAGGUCUGAACACUUAUCCCCCAACACCACUUUCUGAACAUGGCCCAGGAGGAAGGAGCAGAACCACUUUAUAACAGUGCCCUCAGCUCCCAGACCCUCUAGACGGUCCAGAAGGAUGUCAUGGUGGAUGAUGUCAAAGGCCGCUGAGAGAGCCAGCAGAACUAGGAAACAGCUUUCACCUUUGUCCCUAGCCCACCAGAGGUCAUCGAUCAGCAUAACCAAGGCAGUUUCAGUCCCAUGAUGAGGCCUGAAUCCCGACUGAAGGGACCCAAAUGGUCUGCAUCCUCCAGGCAUGCCUGGAGUUGUUCAGCAACCACCCACUCAAUCACCUUGCCCAAGAAUGGUAGAUUUGAGACUGGGCGAUAGUUGACCAUAUUGGCCGGGUCUAAAGAUGUCUUUUUAAGAAGCGGUUUAAUAACUGCCUCUUUCAGUGGGUCUGGGAAGGCUCCCAUAGGUUAUGUACAGAAACUGGAUUUGGAAUGGCUAUGAUUAAUAGCACCCAACUGUGGCUUUCCUGGCUAAUUUGGGAAAGUUGGAGUGUAUGUUUCUAGGCCUCAAUAGGAGCACUUCUCCCACCCUAACAAGCUCUGGAUUUGUAUUCACAAACAAAUGUAAUUAACUAUAAAGUACAGUAAUCUGAAAAAUAUAGUAGUUUGAAAUCAUUCAUACACAUUUUUGAAUAUGUACAAAACAAGCAAGAGAAAAAUCAGGAACAAAAAUUACAGUAAACCCACAUCCUCAAUAAGUAUAGAAAAUUGUUGGAUAUAAUACCAUUUAUGCUACCAUUUAUGCACCGUACAGCUUAUUUUACGCUCUUCCAUACAUUCAAAGGCAGGUAAGCAAUGGUAUUGAUUAGAGAACCUGGGAGCUUUCUUUCAAAGGUGUAUUGAAAAAGAAUGAUUCCCACUCUCCUAUCAAGACAGGAAAAUAUUUUAAUGAAAACAUGACAUAUAAUUGGACACUAAUGCAAACAAAAUGUUAUCUGUCUACGUUAACUUUUAACAGAGGGAAAACAGAAUGAACUACCUACAUAAAGAACCAUGAAAUAGUGAGAAAAUACUGCAGCAAUGCAUGGAGGGAUAAGUAGAACUAACAUCUUCACUCCAUAGCAACAGAAGAAAUCAGUAACUAGGGGUGGAGCAACAACAACCAAAGAACGAGUACAAAACCAACCAUGGGCUUCUGUAUUAUAGCACUAUAUACGGGCAAAUUUUCUCACAUUUUCUAUAUGGUCAGCUGGUCAUCAGUGUCCACACAGAGCUAAAAGGUAUCUAACGAUGUAACAUAGUCAAAAAUUUAAGCUGAAAUAGUGAUAUGUUAUAUUUCAUAGGUGCCCAACCUACAGUCAUACCUCAUGUUACAUUUGCUUCAGGUUGAGCGUUUUCAGGUUGCGUCCCGCGGCGACCUGGAAGUACCGGAAAGGGUUACUUCCGGGUUUAGCCACUUGCGCAUGCGCAGAUGCGCAAAAUGAUGUCAUGCAUAGAAGCGGCGAAUCACGACCCACGCACACACAGACGCUGGUUGCGUUCUGCUCAUGUUGUGAACGGGCCUCCGGAACGGAUCCCGUUUGCAACCAGAGGUACCACUGUAUAGCAGUUUGGUAUCACAAGCAGCAUAGGCAGCAGGAAUUUGUGGCACAGUAUGGGAGCCUGUGGGCCUAAUUCUGGCUUGAAUUCAGGUCUGCAUUCAGGCCUGUUUCCCUUAUGCUGACUCAUGCCUUUCUCACUUAUGCCUCCUGGUCCCUGGUACAGUAGAUUAGAGGCAAAGCAAGACCAAUUCAUGGCAAAUGCACUGUAGCAGGCACUAGAAUGGCAUUACCUCAAAAUUAAGAGGUGCUCCAUAUUGGCAAAAAAGGUUGACCACCCUUGUGAUCAUUAAAUUAUAAAUAAACAAAGUGUAUACUGAUUCAACAAAUACAUUAUCUGUAAUCAAUAACACAACAGUUUCAGAACAAUAGCCAAUAGGAACAAUUUUAUCUCUCUAUACACAUACACAUCAUAAUCCAUAAUCAAAGUAGAAAAUAUUUAUUUUAACCAUAACCAAUAAUUACUACAGAAUUUCCCCCUAAUAUUCAGUUUAUCAUAAUUAUCACUAAAUACCUAUAAUAAUAGCCUUUGUAAGUUAUGGGAGAAUUUGUUCUGUACCUAUAAAGCAAAUGCUGUAUUUUCAUUAAUGUCUGUAUUAUAGUUCUGCUUCAUAUAAAGAAUAAAAGGUAUCCAAAGCUGUUCAAAAUUUUGCUUCUUUUGUUUAACUUCCCAUAAAUAUACUGUUUUGAUUAAUUAAUCAGAUUUUAAAAAAUUAAAUACAUACUUUAGCCCACCCUUAAUUGUCUGUUACCAGGAGAGGAUGAGAGGUUAAAUAGCUCUGUCAAAUGUUGGGAGAAGGGGAAAAUUGGGGUUGGGAGAGAGUCAGUGUCCACUGCUAAGAGGAGCUCUGGCAGAGGGUGGUGAGUUUUGCCCCAGACUUACAUUUCAUCCUUUCUCCUCCUUCCCCCAUAAAUCAGGUAAAAUGCUUCCAGUUUUGCCACCUACAAAUGGAGUGGUAUGACAGAACAGUAUUUUGGGAUGGCUUUUCUCACAGCCCUGUCCUCACAAUUACUUGGAAAUAAAGGCUUUUUAGUGUAUUACCUGAGUUUGCCAUCGCUGUACGCUGGCUCCCUUGGCCAAUAAAGCGAGAUGAGCGCCGCAACCACAGAGUCGGCCACGACUGGACCUAAUGGUCAGGAGUCCCUUUACCUUUUUAAUUUAGCUGGGAGCUUCAGUCAAUUGUGGCUUUGUGAUUAGCAUGCCUAUAUAAUAAUACACACAUUUCCAAACAUGUGUUUGUCCUGCCCACACAUCACAUUUUUAGGUGUACACUUAAAAUUUAUUUGUGUACACCUGAAGAACAUAUGUGUGAAGCAGCCUUAAAUCCUGAUGAUUUCAGUGAUCCUUAAACCCACGUUGCUGUUUAUUAAGGUUAUAAAUGUGUUAAUCUUCUUUCUGUAGGUUACACAUACUAGAUCUUUGAGCCUUGAAACGUUUGUCUUCUGGACUCUUUGAAGCUCCCCUGCAUUAUUUCCAACCUGUCAAAAUGAAAGGGUGGGGGGAUGAACUCUUUUACUUCAGAGUAGUCAAUCUAGAAUAAUUAGAAACCCUUGGUUCUGUUCUCAAGAAUCACAGAUCAGCAUUAAGCCCACGAAUUGGAAACGUGAAAAGCGCCUGUCCUCUGCCACUCCUCAUUUUAUGUGCAAAAGAUGGGGAAAGUCCCCCGAAGGGAACCUCGUCAGGAUUAACAGGUGAUCUUGAGCAUGCAGCUUGAGACUACAAUGCAUUGAAGCCCUUUGUCUUGGCUGGGUUCCAGUUUGGAUGAGUACUUCUCUCUCCCUGUCUGAAUUUCCCGUUUUUUAUUCCAGCCCUUGAUAAUCUCCAGCCCUCCCAGCUUUGUAUGUGUAAUGCGGGUGGCAGGCGGAGAGCCGCUGUCUCCUUGUAGCCCCCCAGAUCUCUGCAAAGCUCUUUGGGGAUAAAAGGGGCUGUUUAGAAAUGUAAAGGUGUUACUCAACACCUCUCCGGCUUUGUAAUAUCCCCUUUAGGCGUUUUCCGAAAUCUACUGUCUCAGUGUGCAUUUGGAAUAGAGUGUGUGUGUGUGUGUGUGUGUGUGUGUGAGAGAGAGAGAGAGAGAGAGAGAGAGAGAGAGAGAGAGAGAACACGUCUUUCCCCAUCUCUCUCUCUCUCUGAAUAAGAAGAAUGUGCUGAGCCCUCUGGCUGGGAGCCAGGACUCUCUGUGGAAGUAUAAAUCGACCCAUCAGGGGAAAGGGGGGAGAGAGAUUAACGUUGGCCGUCUUCAUUAGUGGGUCCCUUGAGGAAGCCGGGGCUGCCAGGAGCUGUGAAUGAGACCAGCUGGGGAAGGGAAGGGAAGAUUCGCGGUUUUUAUCACUCCCUUUAGAGUCUCCUGAGGAGAGGAGAGAAUGAUAGCGGCGGAAGGACAUAAAAUGAAGGAAUGAGCCCAAGCGUUGUAGCAGAGCGCUUGCUGCCUCCUGAUUGGACGAAGGGGUAUUUGGCUGCUAGUCCACUUCUCCAAUCAGUGCCCAGUGAGCUGUUUGGACUACUUGGCAUGCUAAUUGGGAGAAGAGAGGAAAUUGGCCCCGUGGCAGCGCGAUGCCCUGCCAUGCCAAACAAGCCAGAGUAAUUACACUCGCAGCACCUUCAUUAUAUGGGUUUUCAGGGUAACCAGAAAGGAAUAAUUCUCCUUUUCUUUUUCCCCCCUUGGCGCUUUCAUCCAGGUAAUUUUACCCCAGCCCUUCCAUGCUCUUUGCAUACUUAACCCCUUCCUACGAAAUCUCCUGUCUCCCUCAGGCCCGAGUCUUUUGUGCAUGCAGGGGCCUGUUUUCACUUGCAUGCAAGUUUUGCCUUUAGCCCAAGUUGCUCAGUAUGGGAGCGAUUGCAAUUUCUGGGUUGGGAAGCGUUUCUCUCUCUCUCUCUCUCUCUCUCUCUCUCUCUCCCCUUUCCUCUUUUGUCUAAAUCUUGAAGAAACACAUUUCUUGGUACAGUCCUUGACAGAUUGAAUUGUGAUGGAGCUGCUGCCGGUACAAUCCAGUUAAAGCUAGUCGCUCCUCCCCCUCCCCUUUCCUCCUCCCCUGUUUCUACAUGCAGAGGAAGGAUGCAGAUAUGACAGCUCUGGCUCUUGGAGUUCUUUAUUCAUAAAUACAGGUAUGAUGACACUCUCACUGCCUGUCUGAACUCUUGAUCUCUAGGGAAUCACAGACGGGGAAGUUUGUAGUCCCUUCCCCCUUUUGGUCCCUUACAGGCUCACCGUUUGUCCGGAAGGGGAUUUGUGAGUGUGUGGUAAAUGUGCCGCUGCUUUUUAGCAAUGGGACAGAGAACUGGUUAAGAUGUAAACAAAGGCUGGAUACACAGGGACCUGGCUUUGGCAGCCUUUCCUGAGACUAAAAGGUCCACAGAUAGGUGGAUUCCAAGAAAAGAUUAGAUUCCACAUUGCUAACACAAUGCAGGAAUUUGGGCAGAGUUCAGGCUAUUCCCUGCCUUUUCACAACCGCCUGGCACUCUCUGAAACCAGACACUUGGAACAGGUGCUGUUCCUUCCUUGGCUGAAAUGAGCAUCUAGUCAGCCAGGAAAAUUGUAGCUCUAGCUUUGAAUGCCUGCCUUUCCCCUGUGGAAUGAGGCCUGAGUGAUUCCCUUCCAGACAGCUGAUCUGACAGUGCUUCCAGUCCUGUUCUUUUUCUUCUUUUCAAUCCUGUUUCUCUGUGGAUAAUUGAAGUCAAAAUGAGCAUAGAAUGGUUAAACAACUUCCAGGGUUUGUCUUUUAUUUUUCCCAGAUCCUGGGUCAGAGGUUUACGUUUGUGAAUGGAAGAGAGAUUCUAACUAGAAAUUAUGCCAGAAAUACAUGUGUAUGUGUGUACCUAGACUUGUCUGCUAUUCUCAUGUGUGUUCUGCAGAUAGUGACAAGGUGGAUCAUUAUUUUCACAAGAACUUUCAUUUCACUAAUUUCCUCUCAAUAAUCAGCAUCUUACAUUUCUAAGGUGCUUAGAAUCCAUGAUCUCUCCUACAGAGUUAUUUGAUCACAGAAAUUGCACCAUUAUUCUACCUCAGAAAGGUGAAGAUCAAAAUAACUGUGGUUUAGAUUAUAAUUUGCUUUGUUCAUAAUUUGGUAUUGUCAGUUAAUAUGGAUUGUUGUUCCUGUUUUAUAUUUGUAACUGCCAUGGCCUUUGGUCAGUUCAAUUCAAUAAAUUACUUUCCAAGACAAAUGCAAUUUGUCUGUAUCGUGAAAGUAAUACCUAGUGAAUCCUGUAUAAUCUAUAAUAUUAUAUGCUCAUACUGCCUCACAUACAUUUAGAAUCAUUACAGCAAACUUACGAGGUAAGCCGCUAUUAAUACUGUUGACCAGUUCUCAUUGGACUUGGUGGGGUGGAGGGAGAGGCAGUGAAUGGUAGGUGGAGCCAGGGGUCACAAUAAAAGUGAAGCCAAUGGUAGAUAUAUUGAUUCCCCUCCCAUUUUCUCCUAUACAUUUAACAGCAGUCUGAUAUACAAAAAGUAAACGGGUGAAGCUUUGCCAGUGGUGCAAAAAACAUCCAGCCUGAGCUUCUGUGUUUAUCAGCUGGCAUCCAUCUAAGUAAGUCCCACUGUGGUCAAGGGGAUUUACUCCUUAAAGCACAGGUUGCAGCAUCUAUCAGUUUAUUCAGAGUCCCUUUACAAGGUGGGGGAAGACUCAAAAUAUUUGGCAUAUUUUCAUUUUUAACAAAGCUUUACUUUUCAGUGUGUGGAUGCUGAAAAUUAAGUUCAUCAAUUUGCCAGGAUACCAUGAAGCUAUAGAUUAAAGCAAGUUUAUUUUUUGCACAGCAGGUUGCUCUUAAACUCACAUGAGCAGAGCCAGUAAAAAUAAGUUGGCAAUCCUGCUGUUGCCAUGUAGUCUAACAAUAUGUUUUGAGUUGUGCAUUUGCAAGGUACAAGUAGGGUUACCAAUUUUUUCUCCUUUUUCUUCUUGAUUAAUCCCCAGGACCACCACUUAUGAGAUAAUUUUAUUUCCGUUCCUAGUCCCAAGUACAAGAUAGAUGUUUGUGACAUCCAUUUUGAAGUAACUGAGUUUUUUACAUGAGUACAGUACAACAUUAUCUCCUAAAUGGCCCUGGGAUUCUAAAUAAUUUGUCCCCAUAUAAAGAAGAACCUUGGAAAUGCCAAGUGUUCUGCUUCAUUUCUUUGCUGUGAGAAGUUUUGGAAACUCUGCAACUGGCUUCCUUUUAGAGUGGUUUGCUGGGCUGAUCAGUGCACAGGGUCCAGCACAAAACUCAAUUGUCUACCUAAAGAUUACAGGAUUCUGCUAACCCAGAAAUAUUACCUCGGGUUAAGAACUUUGCUUCAGGAUGAGAACAGAAAUCGUGCGGCGGCGGCACAGCGGCAGCAGGAGGCCCCAUUAGCUAAAGUGGUGCUUCAGGUUAAGAACAGUUUCAGGUUAAAAACGGACCUCCGGAACGAAUUAAGUACUUAACCCGAGGUACCACUGUAAAAUAAAUUAAUUAACCCGUGCCUGACUGUAUGAGAAGGUUAGAUAAAACAAACAGAUUAAAAGAAGAAAUAGGUGUAUUAGCUGGAAGUUGAGAGACCUGUGAUAUGUAGAAAGAAAUAUCAAAGUUGCAUUGGCACACUUGAAUUGAGAUUGUUGUUAAGACAAUUGAUGAUGAUGAUGAUUUGAGUUGUACAUAUUCCCUUCCCCUGUUCUUCUUGAGAAGUUAGGGCACAGAAAGAGAGACAAAAACUUUAAACUCCUGAAUGGCUUGUUCAAGCAAAAUACCAGAAGAGAACCUUCACCUUCUGUCAAAAAAUGUGACUUUGUGUACCAGAGACAGAAAGGCUGUUUACUGUUUGGGUUGCUAUAUUAUUGUUGUUACUGUUAGUUUGCUGCGGCAAAAACAACAAGGAGUUUUGUGGCAUCUUAAAGUCUAACAAAUAUAUUGUGGUAAAAGAUUUAAUAGAUGCACAAAGUGUUUUCCUGAGUUGCACACAGACACACACACACACGGUUGGGAAGAGUAACUGUAAAAUUUCUACUUGGGCCAGUCAGUGGAAGGUGGUUUGGGAGAGAGAGUACUAUAUUUUUGCUGUGCCAGCUACAGCUGCUGUGACAGAGAGACACAUAUCGGACUUAUUGCUGGUCAGUGGGCCAGUUUAGGUUUAACACAGGCAUCCCCAAAUUCGCCCUCCAGCAAUGCUGACAUAAUAGGGAGGAGGCCAUAUUGCACCACCAUCUUCCAGAUAUUACUUGGGUUCCAAGCUUUCUACUCAGUUGCUGGCUAGUACAUCAUUUGGUUAAGUUUUUAGCCCAGGGAUGGGAAAACUGUGUCCCGCCAGAUGAUGUUGGACUACAGCUCCCAUCAUCCCUGACCACUGGUCCUGUUAGCUAGGGAUGAUGGGAGUUGUAGUCCCAAAAGAGCAGGAGGGCUGAGUUUGGGGAUGCUGGGUCUAACAGGUACUUUUAAGGACCACUGAGAGAAGAACAAGAAAGAAUGGUUUCAAGAUUUUAAAGAAACAUGGGGAAAUCUUCAUAACUAUAACUUGUGCGAUGGAAUAAAGAAGCUGUGUCAUUUCAUUAAACCCCCUUUCCCCAGCAGAGAGAUUUUUGAUCACCUGUUGUGAACAGUUGGAGGAAUCCUGUCAUUACUUAAGAUGAUGAACAAAAUAUCUUCUGAUUAAGUGAUUCGCCGUUACAUUUGAGUUCCAUAUUACAAUCCCCAAAUAUUUUUAUUCUCUUAAAAAACACACACGUGUGCGUGGUGAUUGGGAUUGGGAACAUGGAGGAAAAAGUCUUAAUUCUUUCUGUUCACACUGUGUGGACCCAAUCCAGAUCAGCCCCUGUGGAGCACUACUAUUAGCCCCAGAGAAUAAUUAGUGCAGGGGCAAAGAGAAAUCCCUCCCCACCCCUCCGUACCAUGAGCCCAAUCCAAAUUACUUUUUCUCCAAUGACUGCUUGUUGAAGAAGGAAUUUAUGUUGGUAAGGAUAAUGUGCAUUUUGAUGACUGGUAGGCACAUGGCUCAAAGAAAUCUGCCGGAAGACUUUGUAAGAAUUUUGGCUACCUCAGGAAGGUGUAUUUUGUGAGAACAAUUUGAUAACCAGGAUGGGCACUCACCCUUAGGGCACCAGACUGAGUUCAGGGACUGAGGACUCAUCCACACUGCGCUUGUCUGAGAGUUUUCUGUUUGUUCUGUGCAUUCUAAUCUUGGGUCUGAGCAGUAUUUCGUUUAUCCCACGGCUAUUUACAACUGAAUCAGAACAAACAUACAUCUGCAAAAAGAAGAGUGGUGUUUGUUCUGAUUCAGCUGUAAACAGCAGGCUUUCUUGAGGGGGAAAGGUGGAACCAGUGUGAAUGAGCCCUCAGUGUUUGUUGACUGUACUGUCUGCAGUGAGCUAGGGCAAAAUUAGUGAGACAUAGCUCUGGACUCUUUUCAUGGCCAUUGCUGGAAAAGCCUGUGAGCAUUAGGCAAAUCCAGCACAAGCCAGACAACUUGGCAAUGCGACUCACAGCAUGGAAGGGGGCUUUAAUUGUGCCCCUUGACCCAGGCACUGUUUAUCAUAGGACCAGCCUUGUUGAUAAUCCUGGGUUGAGAAGAAAAGUAGUUAUAGUUCGGAAAAGCUAUGAACAGUCACUAUUGCUGAUAUUCUAAGUCAGCUUACCCUUAAUAAUAAUAAUAAUAAUAAUAAUAAAAUGUUAUUGGGGGCUUGUUUUCAGAGUUGCCUAUGUUUCAACCACAUAUUAAUGGUUGUGGAUAGGAAUUAAUAUUUUGCUACUGCGCAGUUGUACUACUCUCAUUCUCUUCAGUGCAUCUCUAAUGCUACAAUUCGGUUCAUGUUUAUUCAGAAGAAAGUCCCAGCCUAAGGUUGCAAUCCUAUACAAACUUACUUAGGGGUAAGGCCUGUUUGACUCACUGGGACUUAUUUCUGAGUAUAUGUGCAUAGGAUUGGGCUGCGAAUGAUGGCUUAAGUCAGGGGCAUGUGGAAAUGUGGGCUCUGAGGGUGGGUGGGAAUCAGAAAGGAGGGGAGCCUCCUCCCUACUUUCUUUAUCUCCAUCCCAUGGUAUAGUAUUCUUUUCACCCAGUAUGGGAGGGAACAGUUUUUACUCCCUUUGGCUCAGUCUUUUGGGCUUUUGUCAAUAACAAAUGAUUUUGCUGUGCCUUAUUUGCAUAUUGUUUUUAAAGCCUCUGCAUCAUCCUGUUCUUUCUCCCAUCCCCUCCUUUCUCUCCCCCACCGCAAUAAUUCUCUAGACGUUUAUUUCUUCCAGCCCCCUCAUAAUACGUCUUUCAUUUUGUUCUGAUUUCCAAUGCCCAGGAGCAAAGAAAUGAAGAGAAAUUGAGAAAUAGUCUCAUUCUUUUUUUCUUAUCCGGGAAAGGGAAUUGCAGGCAGGCAAAACUGUCAGCUUGGCAGCAUGAGAGAGAGACUCCAUCUCUGAAAUGUGCAGAACAUUGCUGUCAAUCCCGAAUGAUCUCCUUACAGUGCCACACAUCACAGUUCCUUUCUUGUCAACUGUGGAUGGAACUUCCCUUCAAAAUAUUGCUGUCAUCUUCUGCUUUUACAGGGUCAGAAACCAGGAUUAGAUGCAAGUCAUAGAGCUGUCCUUUAUGACAACCUCCCCACCCUCCCACACCUUUGCAUUAGUGAUAUACCGAUACUUCCACUAGCAGCAUUGAGUUUCUGUGCAACGGCAGGGAGGUAGCUUUGCUGUAGGAGUAUAGCUUGUUUUGAUUUGAAAAAUGAAAACAAACACCAAUAACAGCCCCCCCCAAAAUGUCAGGGGUGCUGUGCAGCCUUCAAGUAAAAGUUAAGGAUCCAGCCACCUCCAAAGGACAUGUUUUUCAAAAGAAAAAGAAAAGGCUCAUAAAAUAAUGUGGAAUUGUUGAACCGAGGGGUAUCCAUGUUGGUGUUUGCUAGUUUUUUAAAAGCCCAUGUAAGUGAUUUCACACUGGAUUUUCACAUUUUGGAGCAUUUGGGUUCUAAAGAAGUAAAAAUAAGAAGCAUUUAUAAAGAAUUCCUUAGAAUGGUGCAAUCAUAGGUAGAGGACAAGGAGAAGAUAAUUCUGUUGCCCAUUAUCAAAAACAACAAAAAGCAGGACUGUUUGUUUAGACAUCUGGUAACUGCUUGCCAGCUUGUUAGAGAUACCAUUCAGUUGUACAGCCUUAAAAGUGGACAUAAUUCUUGGAGGAUGAGGCUGGCAAGCUGUGUGCUUCCAUCUUGUCCAUUGAUUUAGGCAGCCAGAUGUGGGCUGGCUUGAGUGGAUGACAAAUGUCUCUCGGACAGGUGGAGCAAUAGUUAAACUGCUGAGAAAACCUUAUUGGAAUCUACCAUAUUGGGUGAGUUCUAGCCCAUUUCCAAUAUUCACUGUUGGGGCACGGUCCUUAAAGAUGUGGUUUUAACCCAUCUUAAGUUUUUCCAGAUGCUAGAUUUUCUAAAUCCAUCUUAAUCCAAGUUAUUGCCCCUAUUGGAGACUGAGAUGGCCUGGUAGCACCCUAGUAGUUAAUCUAUUUCAGGAACUGGACAGAGGUAGUUAUAUCCCUGUAGGUUUUGAUGGACCUCUCAGCAGCUUUCAUGACCAUCUAUUGUAGUAUGCUUCUGGACCACUUGGCUGUGGGCAUCAUUUUAUGGUGUGUCUGAUCCUUCCAGAGAGUAGCUGUCAGUAGCUGGUGCUGGGGGACUUCUGCUUACCAUCUUGACCACUGGCUUACAGUGUCAUGAGGGACUCUUGUCUUCCAUGCAGUCUCUGGGAUGCAGUCUCUCCAUGCAGUCUCUGUCCCCCCAUGAAGUCUCUGGGAGGGAUUGCCUAGGAGUGACUCGACUUACUUCUCUUUCCAUGUCAUUGUAGAGAGACUGUGGUGUUCUGAGAUCAUUAAGGGACUGCAAAACAAAUGGAAGCUUAAUCCAAACAAUGUAUAAGUACUCUUGGACAGUAGGGCUGCCAACCCAGUGGCAGUAAUAUAGCCUGUUUUGGAUGGAUUUGCAAACCGGGAACAAAGAAAGCUGCACAGAUUGGUAGUGUUGCUCAGUCUGUUCCAGCUAGCUGCAGCACGAAUGUUUUUGCAAGUAAUGUUUAUUGAGCAUGAAUCCCCCUCCCCCAUUGCUAAACAAAAAAAAUCAAGCAGGAACGCUAUCAGUCUGUGCAGCUGUCUUUGUUCCUGGUGCCUUCCAUAGCUGAUUCCUCCCACACACAAAAAUCCAUGUUGUUGUGCAUGGGAUUGUUCUCUGCCUUGAAAAACCAGAUUUGCAUUGGGGAAAGAUGACCAGAGAAGCUAACCUGUAACCCUCCAGAUGCUGUUGGACUAUAGCGAUUGGUGAUGGUGUGAGUUGUGGCCCAACAACAUCUGGAAGACCGAACGUUAGCCACACUGCCAUAGACUGUUGUCUUAAUUGUUUCCUUUUAUGCACUGCUGCCGCGACCUGCCCCCUUACAUCUCGCUCAUUAAAACUGUUCUCCUGGUUUGUUGAUCUUUGUCUAACUUUUUCAAAACCCUCAAUUUUAAAAAGAAGAAGUUUGCAGUUUGGUUGUGCUUCUGCACCCAGCUUUACUUCCAGUUCCCUAGGCUGAAGCAGUGGCCAGGAGCUUAGGCUGGUAUACUGACUGUGCAGAUUUCUGGAGGAAGCAGACCUGGGCAUAGUUAGGCACACACUUAUUUUUAAAGCACAUAUGCUGCUAUUCAGUCAUGUUUCCAGGGUGAUUUAAAUACAAAUACAACAGAAGAAAAGAAGAAGAUACAAUAAAAAUGAAAACCACAGCAGAAGCGAAAACUAUAUAAACUUAGGAAAGCUGGGAGAAUAGAAAUGACUUUGUCUGUCAUCUAAAGGAUAACAAUGAUGCUGGCAGAUUGACCUCCCUGGGGAGGGAGGAGAUUCCAUAAACAGGACAUGACCACUGAGAAGGCUCACUCUGUAGUUGACACCGACCUUACCUCAUAUGCCUUGGUUACAUGAAGAUCAGAUUAGUGUAAUGUACUCCAUAUGGAACUUCCUUUGAAGAGAUUUUGGCAACUCCAGCUGGUAUGAAAUUCAGCUGCUAAAGUGCUGACUGGAGCUAUAUUUUUUUCCAAGGAUGUUACUCCAUUUUUAUAUUGACUUCAUUGGCUGUCAGUCUGUUUUGAAGGACCGUCAGAAGGCAGUCCUCUCUUUGAAGGUGUGUUCUGUUGGAGGGCUUUCCAGUUUGAGUCUGCUUUAAAGGUAAGGAAGCAUGAAAAAGGAGAGCAGGAACCUUGAAGCUGCCCAUCCACAGUUAGCAGCACCUGGUCAGCAGGUGGAGCAGACGCACCAAGUCACCUGAUGCCUUAAGAACACAAGAAGAGCCGGCUGGAUCAGGCCAGUGGUCCAAUUUGUUCAGCGGUCUGUUCUCACCAUGGCCAACCGAUGCCUGUGGGAAACAUGCAAACAGGACCUGAGCACAAGAAAGAACAUUUCCACCUGGCAGUUUGCAACAACUCUAUUCACUUCCCCAAUGUGGUAAAAUAUAUUACAUAUAUUUUUAUUUAAAUUUUGGUAAUUAUUUCUUCUGUCUAUAAAUAUAAAUCAUGUGCAAAUUGCUGUUUUAUUUUGUCCUCUUUAUCUGAUGAUGCAAACCCUCCUUUUUGACACUGCACAACUGACCAGCCUAAUUCAAAGUGUUGAAUCGAGGCACAAUUCACCUUUAAAACCCUAAACAAGUUGGGACCUGUAUACUUAAAGGACUCUCUCAUCUCAUGCAAUCCUGCGAUCCCUUAGUGGGAUAAGCUAUUUUGUGUAACUUCCUCUCUCUUUUGUACACAAAAUCAUAGAGUUGGAAGGAACACUUAGGAUCAUUUAGUCCCCCAUUUCGUGUUUGUGGAAAAGUGUGUGCUCAGAAGUGGUGCCAAGGAUGUAGAACUCCUCUCCCUAGUGGUCUGCUUAGCCUCGCUCCUUUGGUCUUGAGUUGUUGACUGAAGAACUUUUAAUUUUUGUUAGCCUUUGGCUUCCCUUUAGUGCAGUGGUGGGGAACCUGUGACUCUCCAUAUGUUGUUGGAUUAUUGGGAGAGCUAACCGGGGCUGAUGAGAGUUGGAUUCAAGCAAUAUCUGGAGGAUUACGGGUUCCCUACCACUUGAUUUAAUAUGGCCUUUUUGCUUCCUUUGGUGUAUGUUUUUGUUGAUUAUAACUUCUUUAUUGUUUUGAGGUUGUUGUUUUUAAGUAAGUAUUUUUAAUUUGCUAUGAGCCACCUUGAGCACGUUGUUCAGAGUGGAAAAGUGGGGAUUUAAAAAUUCCCUAAACAAACAGGUAAAUAAAAAUAAAUACUGUAAAUAGAUCCUUUAAUCAUACAGAGGGGGCAGUCAUGGUGUGUUGUUGCUCCUUAGUUCUUUGUGAAAGGUGAAGAUUUGUUGGGUGGAUAAUGCUUUUGCAGAUUCUGAGACUGGAUGAAAUAUUCCUGUAUAUCAAAGCCACGAGGAAUUCAGUUGCUCAAUAACUGGUGGGGAAUUUAUGCUAAUAAAAAAUACUGUUUGAUAAUAUGAGAGUCAUUACUAUGCUAUAAGAGGACAGCUGCUGGAGGCCUUAGCAGUCAGUAAUGCCCUUGGGGCUUGGAGGCAAUCCAGCCAUCUGGGAGCAGCAAUAUUUGGGUGAUGUAGUGCUGUGCUGGAACAGUGUGUGUGCGCGCGCAUACACCAUCUUCUAUCUGGAAGAAAGUUAUUUAAGUCAAAUGCUGUUUUACUACAAACUGUUGGAAGGUUUUGAACCGGAAAACGAGUGAAAUAAUUGCACAGCACUAUUCUCAUAUAUAUGUAGAAGAGAAGAAGAAGAGUUUGGAUUUGAUAUCCCGCUUUAUCACUACCCUAAGGAGUCUCAAAGGCGGCUAACAAUCUCCUUUCCCUUCCUCUCCCACAACAAACAUUCUGUGAGGUGAGUGAGGCUGAGAGACUUCAGAGAAGUGUGACUAGCCCAAGGUCACCCAGCAGCUGCAUGUGGAGGAGCGGAGACGCGAACCCUGUUCACCAGAUUACGAGUCCACCGCUCUUAACCACUGCACCACACUGGUGUAGUGGAAUGUAGUGUGUGUGUUCGGACACAGAAUUCUGAAUAGUUUGGGGAACUUUGGAACAUGUAGAUGAACAGAAAUCAUACAGCCGAUAGUUUACUAUGUAAAUUUGGAUAGUAGGCUUUCUGUUCCCACAACUAGAUAUUUAAAAACCAUAACCUUUAUGAUUUAAUCUUCCGAUCUUUAUUGGAAGGUAUCGUAUAAGCCUAUUGAAGGUAGAAGUACUUAUUUUAAAACCUAGACUUUUGUCUCUGAAAUUUCUGACAUUACCGCCAUGCUGAUUAGUUGUUGUUUCCAGCCAUUGCAAUACUUUCAGGAGACUCCCAGUUUUCCGGAUAUUUGCUUGUCUCCUGAGAGUCAUGUCAUGAGCAAAAUAAAUAGUCUCAUAUAUGAAUACAUCAAAACUAGAUUGUGAUGCUAUUAUCUUCUUGGUUUUUGUGGAUAUUGAUAAAAAGGCAGUGGUCCAAUGAGUGCCACUCAACACUGAAGUAUAAUGGGAAUUAGUAGAUCUCUGAAGUCUGAAUGUUGGCAAAUUUCUAUCACCCAUGAUGUCCUCCCACUUUGAUUGAUCAGUUAAAUGUCUUUUUUUUCUUUGGUUGUACAACCAAGACGUGGCAAGUCAGAGACCUCAACAGGCAAAACAGAAAUACUUCUUCAUCUCACUUAAAAAAAUAAAAAAUAAAAAGGGAAAUGCACAAUAAAGCUCUUUUGAAAAUUCUUCUGUGUCAUAUCCAGAAGGGAUGAUAAGGUCUUGGGUGGGGGAGGGUUCACUUCUACCAAUUCCCUGCUCUCUGUAAUGGGAUAGAAUUCACUCAUACUCACACCAGUAAGCCGCAAUAAAAGGUGACCCAGAGAUCCUGAGGCAGAGAUAUAGAGGCGGCUUAUUAUUUGGCCCGAGAUGACAUCACAGCUUCCUAGUUGAUGAUGGUCGAAUGUUGAACUUGGUAGAUGCCACUUCAGAUUCCAGCUCAGCCAUGAUCUUACAGAGUGGCCUUGAAAAAGAUGUACUUGAACAAACAAACCCUGGUUACCUGAAAAACUGAAAUCCAUCUUGCAUGUUUGCUGUGAGGAUUAAUAAGUAGGACUGUAAGCCACAAUCAAAUGCUAAGGUGAUGGUGAUAUAACAGUUCAGUGCUUUUGAAAAGGGGCAGAACUAUGCAGCACAAACCUAUACAUGUUUACUUAGUUUCAGUAAAUGAGAUUUACUCUCAUGUGAGUGAGUUUAGGAUGGUAGCUGUCACACAUUUCUUGAUUGUCAGUCAUUUAUUGUGCAGGAACACUGAGCAUUGCAGCCUCCAUAUCAUGUUGGGACUUCAGCCAGGAGUAUGUGGAUCAGAUCCUUCCAAAGUUGUUUUCUCACAGGUUGAUUGUCCUUCCUGGGAUAUAUAGAGGCCCAGUUUGCACACAGCAGGAAGCUGAACAAUAGCAAAGAUUGUGGCUGCUUUGCAUCCCACCCCCUCCUGCCCUGUCCUCCUGCUACCCAAAGCCAAACCAUGGACUGGCUUAGGUCUGAACCUGACUUGUGGUUUGCCUUAUUAAACCAGAAAGCUGAGUUUGGACAAAACUUUAAGCCCAACCAUGGCUUGGCUCUGGGUAGCACAUUAGGAGGAUGGGGUGGGCAAAGAGCACAGCAUCCAUUUUUUAUUUGCCUCCCCAAAACUGAUUUGGAGGGUGGAGGAACCUGCAGAAUAAAUUUAGGGAGUGCAUGAGGGAAGAGGGGCAGAAGUCACACUGGGCAAGUGUGAAUCAUUGUGCUGACUAGAUUCUUACUUAGCGCUAGCCCCUUACUUCAAGACUUUACCAGUGCAAGAUCCUGAAUUGCUGCAGAAAUUAUACAAUAACACGAGAUGAUACUGCUGGAAAUCUCUUUACUCUCUCAUCACCCCUAAUAUUUUUACACUGCAUGCUGUUCUGGAUGGGGGUCUAUUUUGUGGCCUGUCCAGCUGUCCAUUUCAAUAUCAUGUUUCUUACAGGGGCUGUUGGCAGAUGAUAAGGAGGAAUUGA